AUGUCUCAGUCUGGAGAGAAAGGGAAGGCGAGUGUGCCCUUACCACUUCAGUACACACACACACACACACACACACACACACACACACACACACACACACACACACACACAUACACACAGAGCACACACCCUAGCCCAGACACUCAGAGAGGACAUCCUGUAUAAACGCUGCCGUUUCAUCGGCAGCCUUAUUGCUUUUGGGAUUUUCUUCUCAAUUUAAUCUCAAUUAGAACAAGCCAUUUGGCACACACAUCUCCUAAACACUGGAGAUGAAGAAUGUCAGGGCGGAGAGAGGGAGGGAAAGAAACUAUUCAAGACCCCUCUUCCAAUGCUAAUCCUAUUGAGUACAUUACCUCUAUAACCAUGUGUUUGUGUUUGUCAGUUCCCUGAGGCGGCGGGAUAUGUGGGUUUUGCCAACCUGCCCAACCAGGUACACAGGAAGUCUGUGAAGAAGGGAUUUGAGUUCACCCUCAUGGUCGUUGGUGAGUAUGACUUAUUAUACAACUAUUUUGAUUCAAUUCAAGAGAAGCUUACCUACACCUACACAGUAGUUAUUUUGUGCCAGAAUGCUGUCUAGUUGAGGGCUGAGUCCCAAAUGGCACCCUAUUCCCUACAGUGGGGAGAACAAGUAUUUGAUACACUGCCGAUUUUACAGGUUUUCCUACUUACAAAGCAUGUAGAGGUCUGUAAUUUUUAUCAUAGGUACACUUCAACUGUGAGAGACGGAAUCUAAAACAAAAAUCCAGAAAAUCACAUUGUAUGAUUUUUAAGUAAUUAAUUUGCAUUUUAUUGCAUGACAUAAGUAUUUGAUACAUCAGAAAAACAGAACUUAAUAUUUGGGACAGAAAACUUUGUUUGCAAUUACAGAGAUCAUACAUUUCCUGUAGGUCUUGACCAGGUUUGCACACACUGCAGCAGGUAUUUUGGCACACUCCUCCAUACAGACCUUCUCCAGAUCCUUCAGGUUUCGGGGCUGUCGCUGGGCAAUACGGACUUUCAAGAUUUUCUAUUGGGUUCAGGUCUGGAGACUGGCUAGGCCACUCCAGGACCUUGAGAUGCUUCUUACAGAGCCACUCCUUAGUUGCCCUGGCUGUGUGUUUCGGGUCGUUGUCAUGCUGGAAGACCCAGCCACAACCCAUCUUCAAUGCUCUUACUGAGGGAAGGAGGUUGUUGGCCAAGAUCUCGCGAUACAUGGCCCCAUCCAUCCUCCCCUCAAUACGGUGCAGUCGUCCUGUCCCCUUUGCAGAAAAGCAUCCCCAAAGAAUGAUGUUUCCACCUCCAUGCUUCACGGUUGGGAUGGUGUUCUUGGGGUUGUACUCAUCCUUCUUCUUCCUCCAAACACGGCGAGUGGAGUUUAGACCAAAAAGCUAUAUUUUUGUCUCAUCAGACCACAUGACCUUCUCCCAUUCCUCCUCUGGAUCAUCCAGAUGGUCAUUGGCAAACUUCAGACGGGCCUGGACAUGCGCUGGCUUGAGCAGGGGGACCUUGCGUGCGCUGCAGGAUUUUAAUCCAUGACGGCGGUUUAGUGUGUUACUAAUGGUUUUCUUUGAGACUGUGGUCCCAGCUCUCUUCAGGUCAUUGACCAGGUCCUGCCGUGUAGUUCUGGGCUGAUCCCUCACCUUCCUCAUGAUCAUUGAUGCCCCACAAGGUGAGAUCUUGCAUGGAGCCCCAGACCGAGGGUGAUUGACCGUCAUCUUGAACUUCUUCCAUUUUCUAAUAAUUGCGCCAACAGUUGUUGCCUUCUCACCAAGCUGCUUGCCUAUUGUCCUGUAGCCCAUCCCAGCCUUGUGCAGGUCUACAAUUUUAUCCCUGAUGUCCUUACACAGCUCUCUGGUCUUGGCCAUUGUGGAGAGGUUGGAGUCUGUUUGAUUGAGUGUGUGGACAGAUGUCUUUUAUACAGGUAACGAGUUCAAACAGGUGCAGUUAAUACAGGUAAUGAGUGGAGAAUAGUAGGGCUUCUUAAAGAAAAACGAACAUAUCUGUGAGAGACGGAAUUCUUAUUGGUUGGUAGGUGAUCAAAUACUUAUGUCAUGCAAUAAAAUGCAAAUUAAUUACUUAAAAAUCAUACAAUGUGAUUUUCUGGAUUUUUGUUUUAGAUUCCGUCUCUCACAGUUGAAGUGUACCUAUGAUAAAAAUUACAGACCUCUACAUGCUUUGUAAGUAGGAAAACCUGCAAAAUCGGCAGUGUAUCAAAUAUUUGUUCUCCCCACUGUAUAUAGAGCACUACUUUUGACCAAAGCCCUGGGCCCUGGCCAAAAGUAGUGCACUACAGUAAUCUUGUAGAUAUGCAUAGAUCCUAGAGUACUAGGCCUUGUCUGUAUUCCUCCUGCAGGAGAGUCUGGUUUGGGCAAGUCUACGCUGAUCAACAGCCUGUUUCUGACAGACCUCUACCCAGAGAGAUACAUCCCUGGGGCCGCAGGUAAACACAAACGCACUCUCACACACACACAGACACACACCCACACACAGGAAAUAAGCAAGGAAGAAUGAGUUCUGCUCUCAGACCAGACAGUGCGCACACACACACACACACACACACACACACACACUGUAAUAAUAGAGAAAUGUCUGUUCCGCUGUCUCCAGCAUAGUAUUGCCUGGGGUGGAAUGUUAAGAAUGUUUAUUUUGUAUUAGUCUUUAAAAGGCCCAUCCCCUCCUUAUGACUUAGAUUAUUGGCCAGUCUGAAAAACAACCUCCAGCUCCUACCACUUUUGUGUUUGUAGUUCUGAAGGGAUGGGAUAGGUGUAAGCAAUAUGGUGAUAACUUAUAGUACCAACUUCUGCCAUACUGCUUACACCUGUCCAGUGCCUGAAGAUCUGCAUAAGGAUAUUGUGUCCAGAGGCUUGGCUUAGGCAGACUUUGUUAUUUAAGCUCUAGAGUCACAAGGAACAGAAACUUUGAUGUGAAAAGUAAUGAAACUACAUAUUAAUAAACCGUGUCCCCGGGAUCCCUCUAAGCUUAACCUGGUGUGUUACACACAAUAAAAAAGUAUUUCCUUUUGUCUUCUCCUCUGUAGAGAAGAUUGAGCGGACGGUGCAGAUAGAAGCCAGUACGGUGGAGAUUGAAGAGAGAGGAGUGAAGCUCCGUCUUACUGUGGUCGACACCCCCGGAUACGGAGAUGCCAUCAACAGCCAGGACUGGUGUGUGUGUGUGUGUGUGUAUUUACAAUGGUUGGUGAUGGCAGGAGCAGUUAUUCUUCCUGUGCCCUUGCCCCAAUCAGCUGCUGUGUGGGCUCUCUCCCUCUCUCCAUCCCCCUCCUCCCUCUCAGCUCUGUUUCCUUUAGAUUUUCCUGACAUAUCUGUGUUGGGGCCUGCUGGUUUGACCUGCAACUCAGGGUUGGUGACAACUGGCAGUGGUCUAAGGGCUAGGCUGAGUGCAAUAGAGCAGGUUAGAAGCUCAGUGGUGUUGGUGACAACGAAGGGGCAACAGUACAUUUACAGUUGACAUUUUAGUCAUUUAGCAGACACUCUUAUCCAGAGCAACUUACAGGAGCAAUUAGGGUUACGUUUCUUGCUUAAGGGCACAUCAACAGAUUUUUUUACCUAGUCAGCUCGGGGAUUCGAACCAGCGACCUUUCGGUUACACUGUUAACAGCUAGGCUACCUGCCGCCCCAGUAGCAGGUGUUAAGGAUAUGCUUACAUCCAGAGUUGGGAUCAUUCCAUUUCAAUUCCAUUCCUCUCAGAAUUUUUUCACAGUAGUGGCCGGAGUUAUCUGGAGUUGUUAUGGAAUGGACCCCAACACUACCUGGGUCCAAUAGGGUGAGGUGAAUUUAUGUCAGAGGUAAACUGCAUCCCAAAUGGCACCCUAUUUCCUAUAUACAGUUGAAGUCGGAAGUUUACAUUUACAUCAUUUAGCAGACACUCUUAUCAAGAGCGACUUACAAAUUGGUGCAUUCAACUUAUGAUAGCCAGUGGGACAACCACAAUUUUUUUAUAUGGGGGGUGAGGGAAGAAGGAUUACUUUAUACUAUACCAGGUAUUCCUUAAAGAGGUAGGGUUUCAAGUGUCUCCGGAAGGUGGUCAGUGACUCCGCUGUCCUGGCGUCGUGGGGGAGCUUGUUCCACCAUUGGGGUGCCAGAGCAGCGAAUAGCUUUGACUGGGCUGAACGGGAACUGUGCUUCCGUAGAGGUAGGGGGGCUAGCAGGCCAGAGGUGGAUGAACGUAGUGCCCUCGUUUGGGUGUAGGGUCUGAUCAGAGCCUGAAGGUAAGGAGGUGCCGUCCCACUCACAGCUCCGUAGGCAAGCACCAUGGUCUUGUAGUAGAUGUGAGCCACAACUGGAAGCCAGUGGAGUGUGCGGAGGAGCGGGGUGACAUGAGAGAACUUGGGAAGGUUGAACAUCAGACGGGCUGCAGCGUUCUGGAUAAGUUAUAGGGGUUUAAUGGCACAGGCAGGGAGCCCAGCCAACAGCGAGUUGCAGUAAUCCAGACGGGAGAUGACAAGUGCCUGGAUUAGGACCUGUGCCGCUUUCUGUGUAAGGUAGGGUCGUACUCUGCGAAUGUUGUAGAGCAUGAACCUGCAGGAUCGGGUCACCGGUUUGAUGUUAGCGGAGAACGACAGGGUGUUGUCCAGGGUCACGCCAAGGUUCUUUGCACUCUGGGAGGAGGACACAAUGGAGUUGUCAACCGUGAUGGCGAGAUCAUGAAGCGGGCAGUCCUUCCCGGGAGGAAGAGCAGCUCCGCUUGCCGAGGUUCAGCUUGAGGUGGUGAUCCGACAUCCACACUGAUAUGUCUGCCAGACAUGCAGAGAUGCAAUUCGCCACCUGGUUAUCAGAAGGGGGAAAGGAGAAAAUUAAUUGUGUGUCGUCUGCAUAGCAAUGAUAGGAGAGACCAUGUGAGGAUAUGACAGAGCCAAGUGACUUGGUGUAUAGAGAGAAUAGGAGAGGGCCUAGAACUGAGCCCUGGGGGACACCAGUGGUGAGAGCACGUGAUGCGGAGACAGAUUCUCGCCACGCCACCUGGUAGGAGCGACCUGUCAGGUAGGACGCAAUCCAAGAGUGAGCAGCGCCGGAGAUGCCCAACUCGGAGAGGGUGGAGAGGAGGAUCUGAUGGUUCACAGUAUCAAAGGCAACGGAUAGGUCUAGAAGGAUAAGAGCAGAGGAGAGAGAGUUAGCUUUAGCAGUGCGGAGAGCCUCCGUGACACAGAGAAGAGCAGUCUCAGUUGAAUGACCAGUCUUGAAACCUGACUGGUUUGGAUCAAGAAGGUCAUUCUGAGAGAGAUAGCAGGAGAGUUGGCUAGAGACGGCACGCUCAAGAGUUUUGGAGAGAAAAGAAAGGGAUACUGGUCUGUAGUUGUUGACAUCGGAGGGAUCGAGUGUAGGUUUUUUGAGGAGGGGUGCAACUCUCGCUCUCUUGAAGACGGAAGGGACAUGGCCAGCGGUCAAGGAUGAGUUGAUGAGCGAGGUAAGGGAGAAGGUCUCCGGAAAUGGUCUGGAGAAGAGAGGAGGGGAUAGGGUCAAGCGGGCAGGUUGUUGGGCGGCCGGCCGUCGCAAGAUUUCAUCUGGAGAGAGAGGGGAGAAAGAAGUCAAAGCAUAGGGUAGGGCAGUGUGAGCAGGACCAACGGUGUCAUUUGACUUAAUAAAUGAGGAUCGGAUGUCGUCAACCUUCUUUUCAAAAUGGUUGACGAAGUCAUCCACAGAGAGGGAGGAGGGAGGGGAGGAGGAGGAGGAUUCAGCAGGAAGGAGAAGGUGGCAAAGUGCUUCCUAGGGUUAGAGGCAGAGGCUUGAAAUUUAGAGUGGUAGAAAGUGGCUUUAGCAGCGGAAACAGAGGAAGAGAAUGUAGAGAGGAGGGAGUGAAUAGAUGACAGGUCCGCAGGGAGUCUAGUUUUCCUCCAUUUCCGCUCGGCUGCCCGGAGCCCUCUUCUGUGAGCUCGCAAUGAGUCGUCAAGCCACGGAGCAGGAGGGGAGGACCGAGCCGGCCGGGAGGAUAGGGGACAUAGAGAGUCAAAAGAUGCAGAAAGGGAGGAGAGGAGGGUUGAGGAGGCAGAAUCAGGAGAUCGGAGGGAGAAGGAUUUAGCAGAGGGAAGAGAUGAUAGGAUGGAAGAGGAGAGAGUAGCGGGAGAGAGAGAGCGAAGGUUGCGACGGCACAUUACCAUCUGAGUAGGGGCAGAGUGAGUAGUGUUGGAGGAGAGCGAGAGAGAAAAGGAUACAAAGUAGUGGUCGGAGACUUGGAGGGGAGUUGCAGUGAGAUUAGUAGAAGAACAGCAUCUAGUAAAGAUGAGGUCAAGCGUAUUGCCUGCCUUGUGAGUAGGGGGGACGGUGAGAGGGUGAGGUCAAAAGAGGAAAGGAGUGGAAAGAAGGAGGCAGAGAGAAAUUAGUCAAAUGCAGAUGUAGGGAGGUUAAAGUCACCCAGAACUGUGAGGGGUGAGCCGGGAACUUAUCAAGGCGUCAAGCUCAUUGAUGAACUCUCCAAGGGAACCUGGAGGGCGAUAAAUGACAAGGAUGUUAAGCUUGAAUGGGCUAGUGACUGUGACAGCAUGGAAUUCAAAUGAGGAGAUAGACAGAUGGGUCAGGGGAAAAAGAGAGAAUGUCCACUUGGGAGAGAUGAGGAUUCCUGUGCCACCGCCGCGCUGACCAGAUGCUCUCGGGGUAUGCGAGAACACAUGGUCAGACGAGGAAAGAGCAGUAGGAGUAGCAGUGUUUUCUGUGGUAAUCCAUGUUUCCGUCAGCGCCAAAAAGUCGAGGGACUGGAGGGUAACAUAGGCUGAGAUUAACUCUGCCUUGUUGGCCGCAGAACGGCAGUUCCAGAGGCUGCCAGAGACCUGGAACUCCACGUGGGUCGUGCAAGCAGGGACCACCAGAUUAGAGUGGCAGCAGCCACGCGGUGUGAAGCGUUUGUAUGGCCUGUGCAGAGUGGAGAGAACAGGGAUAGACAGACACAUAGUUGACAGGCUACAGAAAAAGUCUACAAUAAUGCAAAGGAGAUCGGAAUCAAAUGAACUAAACAUCUGGGAAAGCGAGAGAGCGGGGCCUCCCUCACUUAAGUUUCACUGAAACACUCAAAUAUAACUCUCCCAACUUUCACUUUAGAAAUUAUAAUUGUUGUAAACUACAGCGGUUCAAUGUUUUCUAGGAAUAGACUCUAACUUAGUUUAUUCAGCUAGCAUACACUUAAAACUCGUUUUUCAACCACGCCACAAAUUUCUUGUUAACAAACUAUAGUUUUGGGAAGUUGGUUAGGACAUCUACUUUGUGCAUGACACAAGUCAUUUUUCCAACAAUUGUUUAUAGACAGAUUAUUUCACUUAUAAUUCACUGUAUCACAAUUCCAGUGGGUCAGACGUUUACAUACACUAAGUUGACGGUGCCUUUAAACAGCUUGGACAUAAUUCGAGUCAAUUGGAGGUGUACCUGUGGAUGUAUUUCAAGGCCUACCUUCAAACUCAGUGCCUCUUUGCUUGACAUCAUGGGAAAAUCAAAAGAAAUCAGCCAAGAUCUCAGAAAAGAAAUUGUAGACUUCCACAAGUCAGGUUCAUCCUUGGGAGUAAUUUCCAAACGCCUGAAGGUACCACGUUCAUCUGUACAAACGAUAGUACGCAAGUAGAAACACCAUGGGACCACGCAGCCGUCAUACCGCUCAGGAAGGAGACGCGUUCUGUCUCCUAGAGAUGAACGUACUUUGGUGCGAAAAGUGUAAAUCAAUCCCAGAACAACAGCAAAGGACCUUGUGAAGAUGCUGGAGGAAACAGGUACAAAAGUAUCUAUAUCCACAGUUAAACGAGUCCUAUAUCGACAUAACCUGAAAGGCCGCUCAGCAAGGAAGAAGCCACUGCUCCAAAACCGCCAUAAAAAAGACAGAUUUCGAUUUGCAUCUGCACAUGGGGACAAAGAUCGUACUUUUUGGAGAAAUGUCCUCUGGUCUGACAAAACAAAAAUAUAACUGUUUGGCCAUAAUGACCAUCGUUAUGUUUGGAGGAAAAAGGGGGAUGCUUGCAAGCCAAAGAACACCAUCCCAACCGUGAAGCACGGGGUGGCAGCAUCAUGCUGUGGGGGUGCUUUGCUGCAGGAGGGACUGGUGCACUUCACAAAAUAGAUGGCAUCAUGAGGAAGGAAAAUUAUGUGGAUAUAUUGAAGAAACAUCUCAAGACAUCAGUCAGGAACUUACAGAUUGGUCGCAAAUGGAUCUUCCAAAUGGAUAAUGACCCCAAGCAUACUUCCAAAGUUGUGGCAAAAUGGCUUAAGGACAACAAAGUCAAGGUAUUGGAGUGGCCAUCACAAAGCCCUGACCUCACUCUUAUAGAAAAUGUGUGGGCAGAACUGAAAAAGUGUGUGCGAGCAAGGAGACCUACAAACCUGACUCAGUUACACCAGCUCUGUCAGGAGGAAUGGGCCAAAAUUCAAGCUUGUGGAAGGCUACCCGAAAUGUUUGACCCAAGCUAAACAAUUUAAAGGCAAUGCUACCAAAUACUAAUUGAGUGUAUGUAAACUUCUGACCCACUGGGAAUGUGAUGAAAGAAAUAAAAGCUGAAAGAAAUAAUUCUCUCUACUAUUAUUCUGACAUUUCACAUUCUUAAAAUAAAGUGGUGAUCCUAACUGACCUAAGACAGGGAAUUUUUUACUAGGAUUAAAUGUCAAGAAUUGUGAAAAACUGAGUUUAAAUGUAUUUGGCUAAGGUGUAUGUAAACUUCUGACUUCAACUGUAGUGCACUAAUAUUGACCAGAAUAGCGCACUAAACACGGAAUAGGGUGCCAUUUGGGAUGCAGACUUUGUGUUAAUGUUAGUUCUGGCUGGGAGGGAAGCUGUAGGCGCCCUGCUAAUGACCAUGUUACCAUGCCUACUGGCCCUGCAGGAAGUCAUCAGAGAAAGCAGGUCAGAUGGCAGAGAUGAUAGGCUGCAUCUCAAUACUCUGAUACGGCUUCCUUUUCUGGUCUCUUUUACGCCAUGUUGGUCUCUCAGAGAUGAUAGGCUGCAUCUCAAUACUCUGUAACAGCUUCCUUUUCUGGUCUCCUUUUCUCCAUGUUGGACUCUCAGAGAUGAUAGGCUGCAUUUCAAUACUCUGAAACGGCUUCCUUUUCUGGUCUUUUUGUUCUCUUAUCCCUGGUUUUCAAAUCAGUGCAGAUGAGGUAGAAGAUGUGAGGAGAUAUAGCCAGUUUAUGCUUUUGAGAUGCACCCCUUUGUGAAAAUAUAUACAGUACAUAUACUCACAAGGCUCCAAAAACCCACAAUCUAUUUCUGGAGGUGGUCUUCUAGUGCAGACUAUGUCUCUGGUUGUUUUUUGUUUGAUAUGUGUGUGUGUUUCUAUCCUGUGUGUCCUCAGCUUUAAGACCAUCAUCCAGUACAUUGAUAACCAGUUUGAGCGUUACCUUCAUGACGAGAGUGGCCUGAACCGCAGACACAUCGUAGACAACCGAGUCCACUGCUGCUUCUACUUUAUCUCUCCCUUUGGACACGGGUAAGAACACACACACAUGCGCAAGCACACACACACACACACACACACACACACACACACACACACACACACACACACACUCUCACUGCUACUUCUAGUUCAUACCACCAUUUAGGCUAGGUAGGGGGAACAUAAUCACUUUAUAUUUUUUAUUUAGCUACUAUUAUUUAUCUAUUUAUUGUAUUUCUACCUGUCCAGUCUGAAGCCUCUGGAUGUGGAGUUUAUGAAGGCCAUCCACAGCAAGGUCAACAUUGUACCUGUCAUCGCUAAAGCUGACACACUCACACUGAAAGAGAGAGAUCGCCUUAAGAGGAGGGUGAGUGGGGCACGUGCAUACACAAGCAUGCGACAAGCAUGUCAGACAUUCAAGAGUUUUCCCUCAUUCCCCUAGGUAUUUAUUUUUAAACACAGGUGUAAAAACAUAGCAUUGCCCCUUACUGAGAUCAAUGGAAUUUGUGAUGAGGUAGUUGCCAGAAUGUUGAGGGCUGCAUUAUCAUCAGUAGCUGUUCUGUGUUGUUUGUGUCCUGAGCCAUAUGGUACUGUCAUUAGAAAGUAGAUUAUAUAAUAAUAAUAAUAAUAAUAAUAGAGAAAUUGGAUUCUUAUCAGCACAGUGGCACGCUGGCUCAGAGGCAACUAUGCAAGUCGAACAUCCGUGAUUGUGUGUGAAUACGCACACGUUUGCCUAUGUGUGGCUGUGUGUGUGUAUGUGUGUACAUUUUUAAUGAUGCUGGACAAUAGCAGGCUUAUUUAGAAGUGCAGAGAGAAAAAAGAGGGAGAGAGAGCAUACACAUAUCUUGGUCAGUGUCCCCUCCUUCCAGAUGCUUCCUAUUGGAGCAGACCUGCAUGCUCCUGGUUUCCUGAUGUCUGGUCUGAUGUCACACACACACACACCAUGAGAGGUUUGUUAAGCUGAUAUAGCCCACGCUAGGCAGAGGAGAAUGAGGCUGUGUAAAUAGGAUUUCCUGCAUCCCCCCUACUUAUCUCCCCUACUCCCUCCCUCCACCCACCCAGCCCACCCAACAAUGGCUCCACUGCCUGAUAAUAUAGAUGUUUUGGUUUCUGCUACUUUUGAUUCUUGUGUUUGAGUCAGUUUGUUUCAAUUGUUUCAACAGUGCCUUUUUCUCUGUGGUGGGAGGGAUAGCAACCAGAUCCGGACAGGGCUGGCGUGUGUGUGCGUGCACUUGUGUGUGUGUGUAACAUCCAUCCAGUAUAAUAAUUUGUGAAUAUCUUAUUGUCUAACUCCUGCCCACAACCCACUUCGUUUUGCCUGAGCUGUCUCGUUAGCUAUACUUUAACAAGUUUGUUUGCUUACCUAGCAGCUGGGCUCCAGUGGAGGAUGGCAGACACAGUCACUGUACAGCUGCUUUGUUGGAGGCCCAGGUCUGGACAGAGCUGGUUCUACAGGAGUGUGUGUGACUGCAGACUCAGUCUGGUUGUGUAAACUGCUGAUGUUACAGAUUAGUAAAGACACACACACACACACACACACAGUUCCUCCUCAAAUAGUAUUUUUUUAAAUAGAUUUUAAAAAAAGCUUUUACCAGAUCUGUAUAGGGUGAGUGUCCUGACAGCCAUAGGGAUGGAAUGGGGUGAGAGAGGGACAGGAGAUAUGCUUUUGAUCAAAUUGCACACCCUGCUCAACUGUCUAAAAACUCUGUCUGUUUGUCGCAUUAGUUCCCAUGGUCCACUUAGCGUUCCCAUAAAAACAGUUAACAAGCGAUUAGGAUAAACAGAAUGAAUAGCCGAGGGCUGAGAACAGAGAAGAAAGCAAUCAAGAUAGAAGUGGCAGCUGUACAAAUAACUCACCCAAAGGGCUUUGACUUCUCAAACACGGCAGAAAGCUAACACAAUAUGAUGCCCCGUCACAUUAUUAAUUCAGCCACUUAGUUAGAUAGCAACUUAAACUUAGGGGUCGUGUUAACGCAGAAUUCUGCAUUUUUCACGCAGGAACAAAAUAUAAAACGCAUAAGAAAUAUCUUGCUGUGUUUUGUAAAUGCAGAUCUAAAAUGCUUCUUAUUGUAAUUUCUGCUCAGCAUCAGACUAAUUUUGUGCUUCAGUUGCACUUCUCCACUCAGAUGAGAAUUCACAGGUGGGCAUUCUAUCAGCAGACAGCGCUCUGACUCAUGUGCAGUUACUUUUCUCCGGUACUUUUCUUCGUGUAGCCAGCCUAUUUUUCUCGGUAAAAUUAACUUUAAGAAAAACAUUAGGAAAUGUAGCUGGCUACAUUCUUUCUAUGAUAGGCCUAAACAUUAGAAAUAUGAUGGCCAUGCAUAGUUUUUGCAAAAUAAAAUGUGCUUUUUAGUUGUAAGCUCCUUUUCUUGUGAUCUGAUGAAAAUUAACCUAUUUUCUGCUGAAUGUGUUGCACUAAUGUAUUUUCUGUAAAGGAAAACUAUAGUUGCACGCCCCUGAUCACUCUAUUGAAGCGAAAAAACACUUGACCUUCAAUAUAAAAUGCGACCCCCGGAGCUGGAGCUGCUUGCGCUUCCCCGUUGUGCAAUUUACAAACAAACACAUUACUGGCUCAACUGUUCUGAGGAACGACGUAAGCUUCAUAAUGUAAAAUAAUGUGACAGGUGAAAUUAAGAACGCAAUCUGCUUUAUCUCCUAUCGCAUUGUGCAAGUUGACUGCAGGUAUUUACUUUAAAAAUAGCUACAAUUAUUAAAACGUAUUAAAUGUCAAAUAAAUAGUUUCAAUGGUAUUGACAGUAUUGAAAAACCAUCCCAUGGCUAUUUCCAAAUACCCCUUCGCUAAGCAUCAAUUACAUUUUAUUUUUCAAUGGAACAUUUUUUUUUUUUCCCAAUCAUUCUCCUGGAUGCUGAAAGUUAUUGGCUCUUUGUUUUGAAUCUUUUCAACUUCCGGCCAAGAUAAUGUUGGGAUGCUUAAAGUCUCUCUGUACCUGUACAUACUGCAUACACAGUGCUAUGAAAAAGUAUUUGCCCCCUUUCUAAUUUUCUCUACUUUUGCACAUUUGUGAUACUGAAUGUUAUCAGAUCUUCAACCAAAACCUAAUAUUAGAUAAAGGGAACAUAAGUGAACAAAUAACACAACAAUUACAUAUUUAUUUCAUUUAUUUCAUAAACAAAGUUAUGCAACACCCAAUUCCCCUGUGUGAAAAAGUAAUUGCCCCCUUAUACUCAAUAACUGGUUGUGCCACCUUUAGCUGCAAUGACUCCAACCAAAUGCUUCCUGUAGUUGUUGAUCAGUCUCUCACGUCGCUGUGGAGGAAUUUUGGCCCACUCUUCCAUGCAGAACUGCUUUAACUCAGUGACAUGUGGGUUUUCAAGCAUGAACUGCUCGUUUCAAGUCCUGCCACAACAUCUCAAUUGGGAUUAGGUCUGCACUUUGACUAGGCCAUUCCAAAACGUCCAAUUUGUUACUUUUUAGCAAUUUUCAUGUAGACUUGAUUGUGUGUUUUGGAUCAUUGUCCUGCUGCAUGACCCGGAUGCGCUUCAGCUUCAGCUCACAGACGGAUGAUCUGACAUUCAGCAAAGCAUCCCCAAACCAUCACCCCACCACAACCAUGCUUGACCUUUGGUAUGAUGUUCUUACUGUGGAAUGCAGGCAUAAUGGGACCCAUCUCGUCCAAAAAGUUGACUCAAGUUUGCCAAAAAGCACCUGGAUGAUCAUCAAGACUCUUGGAAGAACGUUCUAUGUACAGAUUAUUUAAAAGUAUACAUUUUUGGACGACAUGGUUCCAGUAAUGCCUGGUGAAAACCAAACUCUGCAUUCCACAGUAAGAACAUCAUACCAAAGGUGGUGGUGGUGUGAUGGUUUGGGGAUGCUUUGCUGCCUCAGGAUCUGGACGACUUGCCUUAAUAGAAGGAACCAUGAAUUCUGCUCUGUAUCAGAGAAUUCUACAGGAGAAUGUCAGACCAUCCGUCUGUGAGCUGAAGCUGAAGCGCAGCUGGGUCAUGCAGCAAGACAAUAAUCCAAAACACACAAUCAAGUCUACAUGAAAAUUGCUAAAAAGCACCACAUUUGAAGUUUUGGAAUGGCCUAGUCAAAGUCCAGACCUAAUCCCAAUUGAGAUGUUGUGGCAGGACUUGAAACGAGCAGUUCAUGCUUGAAAAUCCACACGUCACUGAGUUAAAGCAGUUCUUCAUGGAAGAGUGGGCCAAAAUUCCUCCACAGCGACGCCGAGCACCUUAGUUGAGUACCAGUCCCCUGCCAAACUAGGGUAGUUGGGUGCCCCUCCCCUGGUCAAUUCCACAGUAACUUUUAACAAUUUCCACAAACAUUUAUACAAAAACACAUUUACUUGAAGAACAGUGCAGAUGCAAAGUUUGGUAACGUUAUGCUGUUUAUGGCGUCAUUCUGUUACCAAACUUUCCAUCUGCACUGUUCUCCAAGUACAUUUAUUUUUGUCACAUUUUCUGUGGAAAUUGUUAAAGUAGUCCUUGUGCAGAGAUGUAUGGUUUGUUGAACUUUGCAAUCAUUGGUUUUUGUUUGACAUACAUUUUAAAGUGAAAAAUCUGAGUCUGUGUCACUCUGUGGAAUUGCCCCCUGCCAGACUAGGGCAGUUGGGUGCCCCACCCCUGUUAGACUAGGGUAGUAGGAUACUCAUCCCCUGUUAGACUGGGAUAGUACAAUACCCCUCCCCUGUUAGACUAGGGUAGUAGAAUACCCCUCUCCUGCCAUACUAGGGUAGUUGAGUACCAGUCUUUCUAUUGAGGUCAGAGAGGCAGCAGCCAAGAAGCUACCAGAAAAAGCCUUCGGCUGUAGAAUGAUUAAUGACUAGUGUUUUCCCCCAGAUAUUUAUUUGUUUAUUUGUUUUUCACUGGCCACUUUCUCACCAUUUUUACGUUGUUUGUCCAUCAGCUAAAUGUGUUGCCCUCCCUUCAUCCCCAGUCCUACUCUCUCUGUAUUAUUAGGGGGAAACAGCUUGUAGAGAACAAUAUACGUUUCCUGCAAUCUCAAGACUAUUCCGCCGACAAGACGCAGCCUGCCACCCUGCGCAAUAUAACCUUAUCAACCUUUGAACAAACCUCGCUCUCGCCCUUGCUCACCAUCCCUCUCUUUUGUUCUCUCCUUCUCUCCCCUCAGACUUUGUUCCUUUGGUCUCCCCGCUUUCUCUCUCCCUCUCCCCCUUCUCUCUCCAUCCCCCUUCUUUAUUCUUUGUAAUGCCAGUUCUAUUUAUAAUACUCUUUCGAUGUGUCACUUAUGGGAUAUGCCUUAUGGAGGAUCACAAGCUCGAAGAAUCCAAUCACACAGUGUCUGUUGGAGACAGACAAGUCGGGUGGCGAAUGAGGUGAGCCCCUCUCCUCAAUAAAGGGAACCAUCCGCCCGCCAACUGGUCAUUCUCGCCUUUCUUCCUUGCGGUAGUAACUGUGCUCACUAAAAGCUCUCAUCAGCACGAAUAGAUUCAUGUCUUGCAACUGAACUGUUCUCAGGCGAACCGUGAGGUUAACACUGCCGAACAUAGGACCUCAGCUCCUGUCGUUUACAUUUCUAUUUUAGUAAUUUAGCAGACGCUCUUAUCCAGAGCAACUUACAGUUAGUGCAUUCAUCUUAAGAUACUGUAGCUAGGUGGGACAACCACAUAUCUGUCAUAGUAAGUAAAUUUUUCCUCACUAAAGUAGCUAUCAGCAAAGUCUGUUUAGCUAACGUCACAUGGCUAGCUAUCGAGACUUGGUUAGCCCUCGCCUCAAGGCUUUAUCUAACUUGGCUAGCUAGCUACAAGGCUAGUUAACCACACAAAGGGCUAGCUGUCGCCGCAAGGCUUAGCUAACCCGUGUAACUCGCCGCAAGUCUAGCUACACUAAACUAGCUUUUCUACCAGGAAAGGGUAGAAUUGCUGGCUUUCCUCUCACGUUUAGCACAACACACUCACGGACCGUGUUGACUGGACUGACCGCCCUAGCUUCACAGCUCGACGGUCGAGAGACACGCAUGGUUCGCCGAAAGACAAAGAUAGCAUGCUCAUUCUCUGGCUAGCAGUGUGCUAACUAGCUAGGCUGUUAACCAUGAGGUGAAUGCUAGCUAGCUCACACUUUGCUUGAGGAAUAGUAUUUAUUGCAUCCAUGGAGCCUACUACCCCUACACAGGGAGAACCUAGCAGGCCUCCUGCCCCAGCACCGGCACACCCAUGCCCAUGCGGCGCGAUGAUAGCAGGCAGGGAUACACACCCCAUACAGUGAGGGGGAAAAAGAAUUUGACCCCCUGCUGAUUUUGUACAUUUUCCCACUGACAAAUAAAUGAUCAGUCUAUAAUUUUAAUGGUAGGUUUAUUUGAACAAUGAGAGACAGAAUAACAACAAAAACAUCCAGAAAAACGCAUGUCAAAAAUGUUAUAAAUUGAUUUGCAUUUUAAUGAGGGAAAUAAGUAUUUGACCCCCUCUCAAUCAGAAAGAUUUCUGGCUCCCAGGUGUCUUUUAUACAGGUAACAAGCUGAGAUUAGGAGCACACUCAAAGGGAGUGCUCCUAAUCUCAGCUUGUUACCUGUAUAAAAGACACCUGGGAGCCAGAAAUCUUUCUUUUUUGUUGUUGUUGUUGUUAUUCUGUCUCUCACUGUUCAAAUAAACCUACCAUUAAAAUGAUAGACUGAUCAUUUCUUUGUCAGUGGGCAAAUGUACAAAAUCAGCAGGGGAUCAAAUACUUUUUUCCCUCACUGUAUGUAUCGCCUGCUUAGGUUUUGAGCACGCUACGGCAUCACUCGCUAACCCUGAGUUCUGCUUGCAUUGUAGGGCACUGCCUGCAAACUGCCUUCAUCAGCAAGUGCGCAGAGCAACCUCCAAACAAGACUCGUCGCCCUCACAGCCUUCGGGCAAUGAGGCUAACCCACAAACCCUUCCCUCCUUGGAGGAGGUUCAUUAAAUACGGAGCCCUCAAAUCACUGUAUCAAAACAAAACAGCGGGCGAGGAGGAUGAGAAACUCGAUGUCGAUGAAGAAGAAAUACUCCAAAUCGUCGAGGAGAAGAAAACUCAAGCCCACGGCUCUGCCCUCAGUGCAGCAUCAGCACCCAAUGAAAAUGUUGGGCUUAUCGACGUCUAAACAGGCAGCGACCAGGCUCGGUAUCGACUGGUCCACACCUGUGGGGGGUUGCUGCGCUGAAAGGGACUGGUUAGACGGGAGGAAACUCCCCUCUCGCACCAUCCCGGGGAAACGACGACUCCUAAGGGUUCCAGCAUGCGUGGCGGAAGCCAAACUUAACUGGGACAAGCCCCUGUCCAGCAAGGCCCAAACCAAAUCAAGCUUUAUUUAUACAGCACAUUUCAACCAAUAAGAAUUCCGGCUCUCACAGACCUGUUAGUUUUUCUUUAAGAAGCCCUCCUGUUCUCCACUCAUUACCUGUAUUAACUGCACCUGUUUGAACUCGUUACCUGUAUAAAAGACACCUGUCCACACACUCAAUCAAACAGACUCCAACCUCUCCACAAUGGCCAAGACCAGAGAGCUGUGUAAGGACAUCAGGGAUAAAAUUGUAGACCUGCACAAGGCUGGGAUGGGCUACAGGACAAUAGGCAAGCAGCUUGGUGAGAAGGCAACAACUGUUGGCGCAAUUAUUAGAAAAUUGAAGAAGUUCAAGACGACGGUCAAUCACCCUCGGUCUGGGGCUCCAGGCAAGAUCUCACCUCGUGGGGCAUCAAUGAUCAUGAGGAAGGUGAGGGAUCAGCCCAGAACUCCCCCUGCUCAAGCCAGCGCAUGUCCAGGCCCGUCUGAAGUUUGCCAAAGACCAUCUGGAUGAUCCAGAGGAGGAAUGGGAGAAGGUCAUGUGGUCUGAUGAGACAAAAAUAGAGCUUUUUGGUCUAAACUCCACUCGCCGUGUUUGGAGGAAGAAGAAGGAUGAGUACAACCCCAAGAACAUCAUCCCAACGUGAAGCAUGGAGGUGGAAUCAUCAUUCUUUGGGGAUGCUUUUCUGCAAAGGGGACAGGACGACUGCACCGUAUUGAGGGGAGGAUGGAUGGGGCCAUGUAUCGCGAGAUCUUGGCCAACAACCUCCUUCCCUCAGUAAGAGCAUUGAAGAUGGGUCGUGGCUGAGUCUUCCAGCAUGACAACGACCCGAAACACACAGCCAGGGCAACUAAGGAGUGGCUCCGUAAGAAGCAUCUCAAGGUCCUGGAGUGGCCUAGCCAGUCUCCAUACCUGAACCCAAUAGAAAAUCUUUGGAGGGAGCUGAAGGUCCGUAUUGCCCAGCGACAGCUCCGAAACCUGAAGGAUCUGGAGAAGGUCUGUAUGGAGGAGUGGGCCAAAAUCCCUGCUGCAGUGUGUGCAAACCUGGUCAAGACCUACAGGAAACGCAUGAUCUCUGUAAUUGCAAACAAAGGUUUCUGUACUAAAUAUUAAGUUCUGCUUUUCUGAUGUAUCAAAUACUUAUGUCAUGCAAUAAAAUGCAAAUUAAUUACUUAAAAAUCAUACAAUGUGAUUUUCUGGAUUUUUGUUUUAGAUUCCGUCUCUCACAGUUGAAGUGUACCUAUGAUAAGAAUUACAAACCUCUACAUGCUUUGUAAGUAGGAAAACCUGCAAAAUCGGCAGUGUAUCAAAUACUUGUUCUCCCCACUGUAAGUAUUCAGAUCCUUUACUCAGUUCUUUCUUGAAGCAGCGAUUACAGACUUGAGUCUUCUUGGGUAUGACGCUACAAACUUGGCACACCUGUGUUUUGGGGAGUUUCUCCCAUUUUUCUCUGCAGAUCCUCUCAAGCUCUGUCAGGUUGGAUGGGGAGCGUCGCUGCACAGCUAUUUUCAGGUCUCUCCAGAGAUGUUAGAUCGGGUUCAAGUGGUAUUGACCAGGUGAUGAGCGGUGCCUGGUUUCUCUCCAGACGUGACGCUUGGCAUUCAGGCCAAAGAGUUCAAUCUUGGUUUCAUCAGACCAGAGAAUCUUGUUUUUCAUGGUCUGAGAGUCCUUUAGGUGCCUUUUGGCAAACUGUCAUGUGCCUUUUACUGAGGAGAGGCUUCCGUCUGGCCACUCUACCAUAAAGGCCUGAUUGGUGGAGUGCUGCAGAGAUGGUUGUCCUUCUGGAAGGUUCUCCCAUCUCCACAGAGGAACUCUAGAGCUCUGUCAGAGUGACCAUCGGGUUCUAGGUCACCUCCCUGACCAAGGCCUUUCUCCCCCGAUUGCUCAGUUUGGCUGGGCGGCCAGCUCUAGGAAGAGUCUUGGUGGUUCCAAACUUCUUCAAUUUAAUAACGAUGGAGGCCACUGUGUUCUUGGGGACCUUCAAUGCUGCAACACAUUUUUUGGUACCCUUCCCAGAUCUGUGCCUCGACACAAUCCUGUCUUGGAGCUCUAAGGACAAUUCCUUCGACCUCAUGGCUUGGUUUUUGCUCUGACAUGCACUGUCAACUGUAGGACCUUACAUAGACAGGUGUGUGCCUUUCCAAAUCAUGUCCAAUCAAUUUAAUUUAUCACAGGUGGACUCCAGUCAAGUUGUAGAAACAUCUCAAGGAUGAUCAAUGGAAACACGACGCACCUGAGCUGAAUUUCGAGUCUCAUAGCAAAGGGUUUGAAUACUUAUGUAAAUAAUUUCUGUUUAUUUUAUUUUAUAAAUUAGCAAAAAUGUCUAAACCUGUUUUCGCUUUGUCAUUAUGGGGUAUUGUGUGUAGAUUGAUGAGGAAAAAUGUAUUUAAUUCAUUUUAGAAUAAGGCUGUAACGUAACAAAGUGGAAAAAGGGAAGGGGUCUGAAUACUUUCCGAAUGCACUGAAUAUGGGGUGGCAGGUAGCCUAGCGGAGCAGGGGUUUACAGCCCCCGGAGGGCCCGAAGGCUCAUUCCACCAGUGGUAUGGCUACCUCUUGGGCACUGUUCAAAGGCAUCUCUUUACAAGAGAUUUUUUCGAGGCGGCAUGUUGGGCCAUCCCUCAUACAUUUGAGGUUUUGACUGGAUGUCACUGCACCUUUAUUGGCGCAUACUGUCCUCGGUAUUGGCGCCUCUGAGGGGUGAUGCUGUUGGAACUACCCUUGCUUCGGUAAACAUGUCUGCGUUACGGGAGUUGGCCAUAUCCCAUAUAUGACACAUCAAAACGAGUAUUAGAAAUAUAGGGUCUAUGAGAAUAUGAGUGAGAUGUGUCACCGCUUUUCCCUGCUCGCAAGAGCACAAAGAAGAGAGAGGCAUGCUUGAGAAUGACCAGUUGGCAGGCGAGUGGCUCCCUUUAUUGAGGAAAGGAGCUCACCUCAUUCGCAACUCGACCUGUCUGUCUCCAACAGACUCUGUGUGAUUGGAUUCUUCAAGCUUGUGACCCGCCCUAAGGCGUAUCCCAUAAGUGACAUAUUUCACUCAUAUUCUCAUAGAACCGGGGUUAAGCAAGUAACCCUACGUUUCCCUGGCUGAGGGCACAGUGGUCUGUAACUCCUAAGUAGCCCUGAGCAGGAUAUAUUGGAGAGUUUAUCCUUUGUGUCUUUGACACUGCAACUCAGUGGCCUUGUGGUUAGUGUCCGCCCUCAGAUUGGAAGGUUGUGAGUUCAAUCCCUGGCCGAGUCAUACCAAAGGCUGUAAAAAUGGGACGUGAUGCGUCUCCUCUUGGCACUCAGCAUUAGGGAGAUCGAUUGGGGGUAAGGCCCUGUGAUAGACUAGCAUCCUGUCCAGGGGGUGUACUUGUACAUCAAGCUGCCUCACGCUACAGAAACAGAAGAUAGGCUCCUGCCCUAUGAGCCAUUCUGGCUCGCUCAUGCAAGGCUACUUACUUACUGUGACCCUGCAGUCAUAUCCUGUGUGGGGCUUUACUCAUAAACCACCUCACUACUGCUUCUCUAUCUGAUCAGACUUUAUACAGGAACUGGUUUAGACUGGAUCCUGUCAAGGACAAUGGUACUGAAAUAAGAUGAGAAAACAGAAUUCUGGCAUAUCCUGCAUCAGCUAUAAUGGACAUUUAGUAUUUCUAGCAUUUUAUAGAGUAUUGUAUACAGGGUGUAUACUGGUUGGGGCUGUGUCCUUAUGUAAGAUCAGUUUGGUUUUGUAUAGGGUUGAACGGCGGGAACCCGGUUACCGAAAUUUACUGGGAUUUACCACCCACAACCACUCCCUUUUCCCGGGAUAAAUAACUGCGAGAAACGGGUAAAUUAUUUAUAUGAACAGCAUGGCGUGAAUUGGUACUGUUAAAUUUGUAUUUAACCUUUAUUUAACUAGGCAAGUCAGUUAAGAACACCAGCCAAACCCGGACGACGCUGGGCCAAUUGUGCGCCGCCCGAUGGGACUCCCAAUCACGGCCGGUUGUGAUACAGCCUGGAAUCGAACCAGGGAGUCUGCAGUGACGCCUCAAACACUGAGAUGCAGUGCUUUAGACUGCUGCGCCACUCGGGAGCCUGAGUUUAUUCAACAAUGGGUUUUAAAUGAUCUUGAUGAGGGAGGGCAUGUAGUGCUAGUACACUGUACUGUAUGUACCCACUAACCUGCUCUAUCGGUAUAGUAGCACUUGAGUUGGGUAUUUUACUGCAAUUGCUACUAGUAGUUUAGUAAUCUGAGACAGUACAUGGCCACUGUAGUUUGAAGGGAGGCAGAGGUCAGAGAGGGCUAGAGAGCUCAGGAGGAGUUCUAUUCUCGUGCCGAGCCGGGGGACAACCAAUUGUUCAGCCCUCUCCCCUUCUCUCUCCCCCGUCCACUCCUGUUCUCACGGAAGGCAGUUUGGCCAUGCAGCUGCCAUAUUUCACCCAGGCCACGGCCUGCGGUGCUGUCACAGCUUUCCCGUCAUUGUCUCGCUCCUGUCGACUCCCCCAGGAAUCCUCAGUCCUGCUGCUACUGUGUGAACUAGCUCGACUAUAGCCCCACAGGGCCGCCGUUGUGUUGAAGCGCUGUCCCCAUGAAAAUGUUUAAGAUUAACUUUUCUCAGCAGCAUACAUAUUUGAUGCAAAGAGGAUAGGACUAAAGUGACUAAGGGGGCAGUUGAAAUUGGCGAGGUGGCACAAUUUUGGGUUGUUCUUCCAUUGGAAUCAUAUUGAAUUCUGCUUAUCAUGCUAUACCACAAUAAACAAAGUUCAAAUGCCGAGACUCCGAGACCAUUGAGUGCUUUUGAAGUGACAGGUUGGCGCAAAAUCUGUAGCCCAUCUCCACAGCGCUGAAUCAGCACAAUGGACAGCACCCUACACACUAAAGCAAGGCCAUUUUGGCAAUGAAUAUAGGCUACAAGAUAGAAUGAUGCAGCUGCACACACAGCUGUCUUACCAAAACAAUGCAAACUAAAUGCUGAAAGUAAUAGCCUAGUUAUUCAUGCAAACAAAAAUACUGAAUAGCAGUUUGGCUUAGAAUACCGACACAACUGCGAAUGCGAUCGAAUGAAUGUGAACAGAACAAAACAGCGGUAGGCUUACUAGGCUUAUAAACAAAAUAUCAGAUCAAUAAAGGCAUGACACAAUCUAGGCUAAUUACAUAAACAGUAAACAAAUGGUGAAUGCAAAUAACUCAAAUAAUUUUUUUUUUUUUCACAUUUUAGUCAUUUAGCAGACGCUCUUAUACAGAGCGACUUACAGUUAGUGAGUGCAUACAUUUUUUUUUUUCAUACUGGUCCCCCGUGGGAAUCGAACCCACAACCCUGGCGUUGCAAACGCCAUGCUCUACCAACUGAGCUACACGGGAGUACAGCCUACUACAUUGAGAUGCAACAAGCUGUCUUGCCAAAUAAACAGGCUUAUAGGCCCGCUUCAAACAUGGAAAAUCAUUCAGCUCAUGAGUUCAGCAACACGUUGCGAUAUGGCACAAUACACUUCUGUGGAUCAAAUUCGACUCGCCCAAAUAUUCAAUUAAGUAAUGCCGGCCUACCAUAAACACUUUUCCAAUACGUACAGUUCCAUUUACAACCAAGAAAAGCAAUAAGCUACCAAGAGCCUACAUUCUAUUUCUAUGGUUAUUUACUUCUACAGUGAGGGAAAAAAGUAUUUGAUCCCCUGCUGAUUUUGAACGUUUGCCCACUGACAAAGAAAUGAUCAGUCUAUAAUUUAAUGGUAGGUUUAUUUGAACAGUGAGAGACAGAAUAACAACAACAAAAAUCCAGAAAAACGCAUGUAAAAAAUGUUAUAAAUUGAUUUGCGUUUUAAUGAGGGAAAUAAGUAUUCUCAAUCAGAAAGAUUUCUGGCUCCCAGGUGUCUUUUAUACAGGUAACAAGCUGAGAUUAGGAGCACACUCUUAAAGGGAGUGCUCCUAAUCUCAGCUUGUUACCUGUAUAAAAGACACCUGUCCACAGAAGCAAUCAAUCAAUCAGAUUCCAAACUCUCCACCAUGGCCAAGACCAAAGAGCUCUCCAAGGAUGUCAGGGACAAGAUUGUAGACCUACACAAGGCUGGAAUGGGCUACAAGACCAUCGCCAAGCAGCUUGGUGAGAAGGUGACAACAGUUGGUGCGAUUAUUCGCAAAUGGAAGAAACACAAAAGAACUGUCAAUCUCCCUCGGCCUGGGGCUCCAUGCAAGAUCUCACCUCGUGGAGUUGCAAUGAUCAUGAGAACGGUGAGGAAUCAGCCUAGAACUAUACGGGAGGAUCUUGUCAAUGAUCUCAAGGCAGCUGGGACCAUAGUCACCAAGAAAACAAUUGGUAACACACUACGCCGUGAAGGACGGAAAUCCUGCAGCGCCCGCAAGGUCCCCCUGCUCAAGAAAGCACAUAUACAGGGCCUUCUGAAGUUUGUCAAUGAACAUCUGAAUGGUUCAGAGGAGAACUGGGUGAAAGUGUUGUGGUCAGAUGAGACCAAAAUCGAGCUCUUUGGCAUCAUCUCAACUUGCCAUGUUUGGAGGAGGAGGAAUGCUGCCUAUGACCCCAAGAACACCAUCCCCACCGUCAAACAUGAAGGUGGAAACAUUAUGCUUUGGGGGUGUUUUUCUGCUAAGGGGACAGGACAACUUCACCGCCUCAAAGGGAUGAUGGACGGGGCCAUGUACCGUCAAAUCUUGGGUGAGAACCUCCUUCCCUCAACCAGGGCAUUGAAAAUGGGUAGUGGAUGGGUAUUCCAGCAUGACAAUGAUCCAAAACACACGGCCAAGGCAACAAAGGAGUGGCUCAAGAAGAAGCAUAUUAAGGUCCUGGAGUGGCCUAGCCAGUCUCCAGACCUUAAUCCCAUAGAAAAUCUGUGGAGGGAGCUGAAGGUUCGAGUUGCCAAACGUCAGCCUCGAAACCUUAAUGACUUGGAGAAGAUCUGCAAAGAGGAGUGGAACAAAAUCCCUCCUGAGAUGUGUGCAAACCUGGUGGCCAAUUACAAGAAACGUCUGACCUCUGUGAUUGCCAACAAGGGUUUUGCCACCAAGUACUAAGUCAUGUUUUGCAGAGGGGUCAAAUACUUAUUUCCCUCAUUAAAAUGCAAAUCAAUUUAUAACAUUUUUGACAUGCGUUUUUCUGGAUUUUGUUGUUGUUAUUCUGUCUCUCACUGUUCAAAUAAACCUACCAUUAAAAUUAUAGACUGAUCAUGUCUUUGUCAGUGGGCAAACGUACAAAAUCAGCAGGGGAUCAAAUACGUUUUCCCCUCACUGUAUGAUGAUACAUACUGAAAUGUAGCAAUACCCAUUUGGGUUCUUGCAUUGGAAUUAUGUGAUGUGCAGGAAGGCAUCUUGGAACGCACAACGUGUCGAUCCUUGUCACGGAUGGGCUAUUGCAGCAGACGACCACACUGGGUUCCACUCCUAUCAGCUAAAAACAAGAAGAAGCGGCUCCAGUUGGCACGCGAUCACCAACACUGGACAAUUGAGGAGUGGAAAAACAUAACUUGGAAAAUGUUCAGUCCCCAGACCUCAACCCAAUAGAGCAUCUUUGGGAAUUAGAUGGAAGAGGCUGUUCGCAGCAUGAAUGUACCGCCUUCCAAUCUGCAGCAACUGUGUGAUGCCAUUGCGUCAGCAUGGACCAACAUCCCUGUGGAACCUUUCCGACACCUUGUAAAAUGCCCCAAAGAAUUCAGGCAGUUGUGGAGGAAAAGGGGGGUCUGACCCGGUACUAGAUGGGUGUACCUAAUAAACUGUCCAGUGAGUUAAUAUUUUAAUACAGAGUAGCUCAAAACAUUCACAAAUUACUCAAUGGAUCAUGAUAAUUUUCUGGUAAAAAAGUGGGGUUGCAAAAACAUGUUUGCACCCCUAUUUUGAAAGUGGGGGUGCAGCUUCUCCAUUUGCUCCAUUGGUCAGGCACCUAUGCUGGUAGCUGUACCUCAAUCUCCAGGCUCAUACAGUUGCGGUGGAGUACAGUUAGCUAGUUAGCGAGCUGCUAAGGCAUAGCUAGCCAGUCAGUCCUACAUACACUGUAGUUGGCUUAGCCUAGCAUUAGCCUCAAUGACCAAGAUACUAGCAUUCAGUGGUGGAGUUAGCCAAAGACCUUGUAUUGCCUCCUCAAGUCCUGCACUGUUUCUCUUUCAUCCUCUAAGCUUCUAAUGGGUAUUUCCAACACAAACACUCGGUGAACAGUGAUGAUGACCUCAUCCUUACUCAUCCCUCUCUGCUGUGUGUGUGUGUGUCCGUGUCCUUGUCCGUGUCGGUGUGGUCGUUGCCCAGUCCCUUUCCUGCCUGGGACUCGAACACGCAGGUGUAUUUAUUAUUCUUCCCUGUGGCAGUCAUUGUGCCAGGGCAUGCCUGCGCUUCUGCAGGAUUUAAAACAAUAAAUACACAUUUCCCUCCAUGGAGAGAAUUACUUUAACACAUAAAUACCUCUUCAGAGUGGAUUAGGAACAGGCCUUUUACUGUGAGAUAACAGCCAGUUUCCUUGCAUUUGGAACAUCUUACAUUUACGUCAUUUAGCAGACGCUCUUAUCCAGAGCGACUUACAGGAGCAAUUAGGGUUAAGUGCCUUGCUCAAGGGCACAUCGACAGAUUUUUCACCUAGUCGGCUCGGGGAUUAGAACCAGGGACCUUUCGGUUACUGGCACAACGCUCUUAACCACUAAGCUACUGGUCACCCCCUUCUUCUUUGAUUGUAACACAUUUAUGUUCAGCCUCUUUUUAAACUGUGAAACUGCACUGUGACAACCAGAACCAAACAGAGGUAUUUUCAUCAACCCCUUUCAAACUCUUAAACUGACAUGUUCCUUGGUUUUAAUAGCUUAUAUACAGGACAUUACUACAUGGCUUAAUUAGUACUGUGUGUAUUGUACUCUCCUUCACUCUCUGUGAUCAUAGGUUGAGGUGGGUGGUCUGUGGAUCAGUCGAGAAGGGGUGGGGGUGUACUUUCAUUCCAUUGCCUUUUUUAUAUUAAGUGUUAAUCCCACCAGUUACCUUGGUAACUUUCUGCCCCCCACCCCUCCACUCCCAUGCCCCCUGGCUGGGCAGACCCAGCAGGGCCAGUCCAGUCUGCCUGGUACAGUAAUUACAGGAAGGACCUCUGCUCUAAUCGUCCAGUGAAUGGGUCUGGAAUGUCGAUUUGAUGUCUUUGUGUAAGUGCUCUUUCAGAACGAGUCACUCGUUGCUUCACCCAUUUCAUUUCUAAUCUGAAAGAAAGAAGAAAGCUACUUUGUUUUCCCAUGCAGAGCUGUGAGGAGCUCUGUUAGCCUGGGCACCUGUACACCUGCAUGCUACAGUACAUUACUGUCUGGGAAGCUAGAGCAUGGUGCAGGCAUCAGGAUGUCUGUAUGAGGAUGCAUCCCAGAUGGCACCCUAUUCCCUAUAUAGUGCACUACUUCUGACUCCUACAGCAUUACAUGGAGCUUCCUAGGCCCAGGGGUAAGGGUCCAUGGGGGCUAUAGAUGAAGCAGGAACAGGGAGUCAGAGAGGCUAGUUGUGUAAUGCUGAAAGGGUGGGGCAUCCUCUCCCUGGCCAUCUCCCCUGGAGCUCCAAAGCUCCACCUCUCCUCUCCUCUCCACACACACACACACACACACACACACACACACACACACACACUCUCUCCUGCUGUCCAUUUGACGCCAGAUUAUUUCAGCCCAAGAGCUGAGGCUGCAGAGAGAGGGAGAGAGACGUGUGUGUGUGUGUGUGUGGAGGGAGUGGUGUUGGGGUCUAAUACCCUCAGUCUGCCCCCCUCAGAGUGAGUAUUGUUGGGGCUCUGUCACCCCCGCUGACUUCAUGGGGGCAGCAGGAGGGGUAGUCUCAAUACAUUUCCUGGAAAGACAAAAUCAUUUUGGGCUUAAAGUUAACAAAUUAAGUUUUGAAUUAAAGUUGUUUUUGAGUGAGGGACCUAGAGGAAUCUAACGAGGAGUCAGCGUUUUUUCCACCACUGACUUCCUCAUUAGUUGUGUAAUGUGUGUGAGCCCAGUCAGCAGGAGCAUGUGUGUGAGCCCAGUCAGUGGUAAAGCAAAACAAUAAUCCAUUUGUUGUUAUUAUUAAUAUGUUAUUAUUAUGUUGUCAACUUCAUUGUUUAUUGGAUAGCUUUUUUUACAGUGGCUCCAGAUGCUUUGGUCUGUAAUGUUACAUAAAGCUUACAUCAAGGUUUUCCCAGCAUAGACUUGGUGAGAUCUCUGGGCUCCCAUUGCCUUGCCCUCCUCACCCCGGGUCGAUAAGAGUUUAGAGAUGCCAUUCGAUUGUUUUUCUCAUUGAGCUUUUUCGCUCUGCAUUGUUGAUUUCAUAAGACUUUGCUUCAGUGCAUAUUUUCACUUCCAAGUAUUGUUCCCUGGUGGACUAGUUGUUUAGUUGGGACAAACAGUACAUGAUGACAGACCUGAACAUGCUGUUUCUGCUGAGUCAGGCCAGGAGCAGUACCAGGUGGACAGACAGGGCUGUGGUCUGUAACUGAUUACACAGGAUGUCUCCCAAAUGGUAUCCUAUUCCCUUUAUAGUGCACUACUUUUGACCAGAGCCCAUAGGGAAUAGGGUGCCAUUUGGGUAACAGCCACAGAGUGUGGGACUGUUUAGCUACAAAUACCAUUAUGGUCUGUGGCCAUUUGUACUCGUACUGUAGCUAAGUGUAAUGUAUUGGAGUGGGACUUAACUCAGCUGUGUGUUUGUGGCUGUUUUUCUACUGGUUUGUGGCUAUGAUAGUCAUACUCUAUUGUGGAUGUUUUCUUACUGGGUUUACGUUGUGGUGAUGUUUAUGAGUAAACCAUAUGAAAAUAUUAUUGUAUUGUGUUAUUUGCUGGUGUAACCCCUUGUAAUAAGGGGUUUGUAGUGAGAAACAGGUGUAUUGCUUCUGUUAGUGUAGUUGGAGGCCUACAUGACCUUAAUGACUCAAUGUUCCCCCCUAUAUUAAAUAUAGAAGAUAUGCUAAAGGAACUAAAGUAUUUUGUAUUGUAUGGUUGCAUAUUGCAUAUAGGGCUCUGGGCAGAAGUUGUGCACUAUAUAGGGAAUAGGGUGCCAUUUGGGACACAACCAUUGUUUUCAAACUUCUCAUAUCCACUGCCUCCAUAAUACCCCAUAAAGUAAGAAUGUCUCUCCCCACCCUUAUCGUUUAUUACCCCCAAGGGGAAUUUUUCCACCUCCUCCGCUUCACUAGCCUUCACUAACACACAGUCAUAUUAGAUAACACGUAUCAAAACAAAUUAAGCCUUUAAAUCAGAGGCGCUCACUUUUCUAAUUAAUACUGAGGAAGAGCCCUUUGUGCCAUUGUUACCAGAGACCUGACCUGCCAACUCAAACACAGCAAGAGAGAGAGAGCGAGAGGGGGGGGGGGGGGUCAGAGAGGGAGAGAGAGGCAGAGAAACAGACAGAAGGAGAGGCAGAGAGAGAAAGACAAAGAGCGCGAGGCGGAGGGUCAAAGAAUGGCCCCCAUAUUCCCUUUCUCUCUGCCAAUUACAACACAGGACUAUAAUCAGCAGGCUAGCUAGACAGUAAGGAGAGAGGAUGGUGUAAGAGCAUGGUCAAGAUGUUGUCACUGGCCUACACACAAUAUCCCAUAAUGUCAAAGUGGAAUUAUGUUUUUAGGAAGUUUUACAAAUUAAUUAAAAAUGAAAAGUUGAAAUGUCUUGAGUCAAGAAGUAUUCAAUCCCGCUGUUAUGGCAAGCCUUAAUAAGUUCAGGAGUACACAUUUGCUAAACAAGUCACAUAAUAAGUUGCAUGGACUGACUCUGUGCAAUAAUAGUUAUUUUUUUAUCACUACCUCAUCUCUGUACCCCACGCAUACAAUUAUCUGUAAGGUCCCUCAGACAAGCACUGAAUUUCAAACACAGAUUCAACCACAAAGACCAGGUAGGUUUUCCAGUGCCUCGCAAAGAAGGCACCGAUUGAUAGAUGGGUAAAAAAAAGCAGACAUUGAAUAUCCUGUUGAGCAUGGUAAAGUUAUUAAUUACACUUUGGAUGGUGUAUCAAUACACCCAGUCACUACACAGAUACAGGCGUCCUUCCUAACCCAGUUGACGGAGAGGAAGGAAACCGCUCAGUGAUUUCACCAUUAGGCCAAUGGUGACCUUAAAACUAUUAGAGUUUAAUGGCUGUGAUGGGAGAAAACUGAGGAUGGAUCAACAACAUUGGAGUUACACCACAAUACUAACCUAAAUGGAAAGAAGGACGCCUGUACAGAAUAACAAUAUUCCAAACAUGCAUCCUGUUUGCAAUAAGGCAUUAAAGUAAAACUGCAAAAAAUGUGGCAAAGAAAUGUACUUUAUGUCCUAAAUACAAAGCGUUACGUUUGGGGCAAAUCCAACACAACACAUCAUGCUAUGGGUAUGGUUGCAUCAUGUUAUGGGUAUGCUUGUCAUUGACAAGGACUAGGGAGUUUUUUAGGAUAAAAAGAAAUGGAAAACGUGGUUCAGUCUGCUUUCCAACAGGCACUGAGAGACAAAUUCACCUUUCAGCAGGACAAUAACCUAAAACACAAGGCCAGAAAUACACUGGAGUUGCUUACCAAGAUGACAUUGAUUGUUCCUGAGUGGCCUAAUUACAGUUUUUACUUACAGUACCAGUCAAAAGUUUGGACACACCUACUCAUUCCAGUUUUUUUUUUUUUUUUUUACUAUUUUCUACAUUGUAUAAUAAUAAUGAAGACAUCAACACUAUGAAAUAACACAUAUGGAAUCAUGUAGUAACCAAAAAAGUGUUAAAGAAAUCAAAAUAUAUUUAAUUUUUGAGAUUCUUCAAAGUAGCCACCCUUUGCCUUGAUGACAGCGUUGCACACUUGGCAUUCUCUCAACCAGCUUCACAAGGUAGUCACCUGGAAUGCAUUUAAAUUAAAAGGUGUGCCUUGUUAAAAGUUAAUUUGUGGAAUGUCUUUCCUUCUUAAUGCGUUUGAGCCAUUUUGUUGUGUUCUGACAAGGUAGGGGUGGUAUACAGAAGAUAGCCCUAUUUGGUAAAAUACCAAGUCCAUAUAAUGGCAAGAACAGCUCAAAUAAGCAAAGCGAAACGACAGUCCAUCAUUACUUUAAGACAUGAAGGUCAGUCAAUCCGGAAAAUGUCAUCAAGUGCAGUUGCAAAAACCAUCAAGCGCUAUGAUGAAACUUGCUUUCAUGAGGACCGCCACAGGAAAGGAAGACCUAGAGUUACCUCUGCUACUAGUCACUUUAGUAAUGUUUACAUAUUUUUGCUUUACUCAUCUCAUAUGUAUAUACUGUAUUCUAUUCUACUGUAAUUUAGUCUAUUCCACUCCGACAUUGCUCGUCCUAAUAUUUAUAUAUUUCUUAAUUCCAUUCUUUUACUUUUAGAUUGUGUGUAUUGUUGUGAAUUGUUAGAUAUUACUGCACUGUUGGAGCUAGAAACACAAGCGUUUCGCUACACCCGCAUGUGUAUGUGACCAAUACAAUUUGAUUUGAUUUGCAGAGGAUAAGUUCAUUAGAGUUAACUGCACCUCAGAUUGCAGCCCAAAUAAAUGCUUCACAGAGUUCAAGUAACCGACACAUCUCAACAUCAACUGUUCAGAGGAGACUGCGUGAAUCAGGCCUUUCUGGUCGAAUUGCUGCAAAGAAACCACUACUAAAGGACACCAAUAAGAAGAAGAGACUUGCUUGGGCCAAGAAACACGAUCAAUGGACAUUAGACCGGUGGAAAUCUGUUCUUUGGUCUGAUGAGUCCAAAUUUGAGAUUUUUUUGUUCCAACCGCCAUGUCUUUGUGAGACGCCGAGUAGGUGAACGGAUGAUCUACGCAUGUGUGGUUCCCACCGUGAAGCAUGGCUGUUACUUCUUUGACCGAGAAGGAGAGUGAUGGAGUGGUGCAUCAGAUGACCUGGCCUCCACAAUCACCCGACCUCAACCCAAUUGAGAUGGUUUGGGAUGAGUUGGACCGCAGAGUGAAGGAAAAGCAGCCAACAAGUGCUCAGCAUAUGUGGGAACUCCUUCAAGGUUUGGAAAAGCAUUCCAGGUGAAGCUGGUUGAGAGAAUGCCAAGAGUGUGCAAAGUUGUCACCAAGGCAAAGGGUGGCUACUUUGAAUUAUCUCAAAUCUAAACUAUAUUUUGAUUUGUUUAACACAGUUUUGGUUACUACAUGAUUCCAUAUGUGUUAUUUCAUAGUUUUGAUGUCUUCACUAUUAUUCUACAAUGUAGAAAAUACUAAAAAUAAAGAAAAACCCUUGAAUGAGUAGGUGUGUCCAAACCUUUGUCUGGUACUGUAAAUCGGCUUGAAAGUCUAUGGCAAGACUUGAAAAUGGCUGUCUAGCAAUGAUCAACAACCAACUUGACAGAGCUUGAAGAAUUGUAAAAAUAAUAAUGUGCAAAUAUUGUACAAUCCAGGUCUGCAAAGCUCUUAGAGACUUACCCAGAAAGACUCUUAGCUGUAAUCGCUGCCAAAUGUAAUUCGAACAUGUAUUGACUCAGGGGUGUGAAUACUAAUGUAAAUGAGAUAUUUUUGUAUUUCAUUUUCAAUACAUUUGCUAAAAUUUCUAAAGACAUGUUUUCACUUUGUCAUUAUGGGGUACUGUGUGUAGAUGGAUGAGAAAAAAAUAUAUGUAAUCCAUUUUGAAUUCAGGCUGUAACACAACAAAAUGUGUAAUACGUCAAGGGGUAUGAAUACUUUCUGAAGGCACUGUAUAUAUUUAUUUGUAUUUUUUAUUGUUGGACAUGAGACUGUGAAAACACCAGCAAAUCAGCUCCAAGUGAUUUUAAUUUAGGAAAUCUGUUCCAAAGUAUUCCCACGUAUAAUAGAGCGAUAUACACUGAGUGUACAAAAUAUUAGGAACACCUUCCAAAUAUUGAGUUGCACCCCCUUUUGCCCUCAGAACAGCCUCAAUUUGUCGGGGCAUGGACUAGAAAGCGUUCCACAGGGAUGUUGGCCUAUGUUGACUCCAAUGCUUCCCACUGUUGUCAAGUUCGCUGGAUGUCCUUUGGAUGGUGGACCAUUCUUGAUACAGGCGGGAAACUGUUGAGCGUGAAAAACCCAGCAGCGGUGCAGUUCUGGACACACUCAAACCGGUGUGCCUGGCACAUACUACCAUACCCCGUUCAAAGGCACUUACAUUUUAUUUUCUUGCCCAUUCAUCCUCUGAAUGGCACACAUACACAAUCCAUAUCUCAAUUAUCUCAAGGCUUAAAAUUCCUUCUUUAACCUGUCUCCUCCCUUUCAUCUACACUGAUUUAAAGUGGAUGUAACAGGUGACAUCAAUAAGGGAUCAUAGCUUUCACCUGGUCAGUCUAUGUAAUGGAAAGAGCAGGUGUUCCUAAUGUUUUGUACACUCAGUGUAUGUGAUCGUAUACAAAUGUAAGCAAGGUUUGAAAUUGUUAUGUUUUAGUCAAAUAUUAUAUCUGUUUGCAGUCAAUUUGCGGUCUACAAAUUACUUGUAAUUAUGUUCCGGCCCCCUGACAAUCUGCUCAAGAAAAAAUCGGGCCGCGGCUGAAUCUAGUUGAUGAUCCUGCUUUAAAGUGUGAAGAUUCAAGAUUAAUAAAUAGGAUAAAAACUAGAAUUGACUUGGCAUCGGUUGUGUGUGCUAUAUUUGUCUAAUUUAGACGUAUUUAGACCAGGCAGUGGUAUAAACACCUCAUCACCCCUGAAGCUGGUGAUUACAGGUGUGGUUGGUUAAGUCAGGCUGCUGUAAAUAGAUGUGGUGAGUGUAAAUUCCAGGUGAAUCCAGGUAAAUAGUUAUUAGGUUUAGCAGGUUGGAUUCCAUGACUAAACAUUCUGUUUUUAGGCCAGUUCCUAACUUGAGAUGCGACUCCAGCCCUCUCAUAAAUCUCCCACUGAUAUCACUCCCUGUGUUAUGAUAAUUGGUUGUUGAGUGUAUUGUUGGUCGCUGCGGUCUACAAAUUACUUGUAAUUAUGUUCCGGCCCCCUGACAAUCUGCUCAAGAAAAAAUCGGCCCGCGGCUGAAUCUAGUUGAUGAUCCUGCUUUAAAGUGUGAAGAUUCAAGAUUAAUAAAUAGGAUAAAAACUAGAAUUGACUUGGCAUCGGUUGUGUGUGGUAUAUUUGUCUAAUUUAGACGUAUUUAGACCAGGCAGUGGUAUAAACACCUCAUCACCCCUGAAGCUGGUGAUUACAGGUGUGGUUGGUUAAGUCAGGCUGCUGUAAAUAGAUGUGGUGAGUGUAAAUUCCAGGUGAAUCCAGGUAAAUAGUUAUUAGGUUUAGCAGGUUGGAUUCCAUGACUAAACAUUCUGUUUUUAGGCCAGUUCCUAACUUGAGAUGCGACUCCAGCCCUCUCGUAAAUCUCCCACUGAUAUCACUCCCUGUGUUAUGAUAAUUGGUUGUUGAGUGUAUUGUUGGUCGCUGUGGCUUUGCAGGAGGCUACUUCUGUAUCCCUUCCAUCUCUUAUACAUUCAAAAACGUGUUUUUCUGCAUGUUUCUUCAUUUUACUCAUAACUGUGUAUUUACAUAACCAGUUUUGUUUGUUACUUUUUUCCUGCUGUUGUGUGUAAUCUGUUUAUUUUCCCCUCUGUGUCAUGUUCCCCAAAACUCCCAGUCUUACCCCAACAAACUGACGCUUGACCGUUCUGUGUGGGAACUUGCAUGUGUGUGUUAUUAAUGUGUGUGCGAUAGGGAGAGGGUCUGGUCUGGUCCUGUGCCACGCUCUCCUCCGGGUUCCGUAAGUCUGUUUGUUUUCAGAUGUGGUCCUUAACAAUACCCUCCACUCCCCACACAGACCCUAUCACACACACACUCUGCUAUGAGCGAGCUGAGAAAACAACCCACAGCCAUAACAGGAGCUGGAACAGUGGCCUGCUCUAUAGGAAAAAAGUGCUCUCACAUCCUGGGCUCCUGCCUCUCUCCAUACUGUCCUUUAUAGAUUACAUGAAAGUCCCCAAAAUGUCCGGAAAACAACACUUUAUGCAACACUCAUGCAUUGUUAAUUCAAUUUUGCUCUUGAGAAAACAGAGAGAAAUACACCUUUGAUGUAUAAAAUAAUAAAUAUUUCCAUCUGUCCCCUAGAUACUGGUGAAGAAAGGCCUUUGUGUUGUUGCUUCACUGCUGGGGGUUGAACAAAGGAGGGGGGAGAACUUUCCUUAUGACUCUGUUAGACACUGAGGGGUGGCCAGUCCCCUUCUGGCUGUGCCGGGUGGAGAUUAUAACAGUACAUUUUUCAAAUAAUAAUCACAGUGGUUGUAGAGGUUGCAACAGGUCAGUACAUCAGGAGUAAAUGUCACUUGGCUUUUCAUAGCCGGGCAUUUAGAGGUUGAAAUAGCGGUUGAAAUAGCAGGUGCGGUAGAAAGAGAGAGUUGAAAACAGCAGGUCUGGGACAAGGUAGCACGUCCGGUGAACAGGUCAGGGUUCCAUAGCCGCAGGCAGAAGAGUUGAAACUGGAGCAGCAGCACGACCAGGUGGACUGGGGACAGCAAGGAGUCAUCAGACUAGGUAGUCCUGAGGCAUGGUCCUAGGGCUCAGGUCCUCCGGGAGGGGAGGGAGGAAGAGCGAGAGAAUUAGAGGGACCAUACUUAAAUUCACACAGGACACCAGAUAAGACAGGAGAAUAACACCAGAUAUAACAGACUGACCCUAGCCCCCCGGCACAUAGACUAUUGCAGCAUAGAUACUGGAGACUGAGACAGGGAGGGUCGGGAGACACUUUGGCCCCGUCCGACGAUACCCCCGGACAGGGCCAACCAGGCAGGAUAUAACCCCACCCACUUUGCCAAAGCACAGCCCCCACACCACCAUAGGGAUAUCAACAGACCACCAACCUACUACCCUGAGACAAGGCUGAGUAUAGCCCACAAAGAUCUCCUCCACUGCACGAGCCUGAGGGGGCGACAAACCGGACAGGAAGAUCAUAUCAGUGACUCAACCCACUAAAGUGACGCACCCCUCCUAGGGACGGCAUGGAAAGCACCAGUAAGCCAGUGACUCAGCCCCCGUAAUAGGGUCAGAGGCAGAGAAUCCCAAUGGAGAGACGGGAACCGGCCAGGCAGAGACAGCAAGGGCGGUUUGUCGCUCUAGUGCCUUUCCGUUCACCUUCGCACCCCUGGGCCAGACUACACUCAAUCAUAGGACCUACUGUAGAGAUGAGUCUUCAGUAAAUAAUGAAAGGUUGAGACCAUUCCAUAAAAAUGUAGCUCUAUAGGAGAAAGCCCUGCCUCCAGCUGUUUGCUUAGAAAUUCUAGGGACAAUAAGGAGGCCUGCGUCUUGUGACCGUAGCGUACGUUUAGGUAUGUACGGCAGGACCAAAUCGGAGAGAUAGGGAGGAGCAAGCCCAUGUAAUGCUUUGUAGGUUAGCCUUAACAGGUCAGUCUAUUAUAUCUAGAGAGGAUAGCACUUGAGUAAUAUGAUCCAAUUUAUGGGUUCUAGUCAAGAUUCUAGCAGCCGUGUUUAGCACUAACUGAAGUUUAUUUAGUGCUUUAUCUGGGUAGCUGGAGAGUAGUGCAUUGCAGUAGUCUAAUCUAGAAGUGACAAAAGCAUGGAUUAGCUUUUCUGCGUCAUUUUUGGACAAAAUGUUUCUGAUUUUUGCAAUGUUACAAAGAUGGAAAGAAGCUGUCCUUGAAAUAUUAUUGAUAUGUUCGUCAAAAGAGAGAUCAGGGUCCAGAGUAACGCCGAGGUCCUUCAGUUUCUUUUUUUUUAGACUACUGUACAACUAUCAAGAUUAAUUGUCAGAUCCAACAGAAGAUCUCAUUGUUUCUUGGGACACUAGAACUAGCAUCUCUGUUUUGUCAGAGUUUAAAAGUUAAAAAAAUUCCGCCAUCCACUUCCUUAUGUCUGAAACACAGGCUUCCAGGGUAGGCAAUUUUGGGGCUUCACCAUGUUUCAUCGACGUGUACAGCUGUGUGUCGUCCGCAUAGCAAUGAAAGUUAACAUUGUGUUUCCGAAUGACAUCACCAAGAGGUAAAAUAUAUAGUGAAAACAAUAGUGAUCCAAAAACGGAACCUUGAGGAACACCGAAACGUACAAUUGAUUUGUCAGAGGACAAACCGUCCACAGAGACAAACUGAUAUCUUUCCGACAGAUAAGAUCUAAACCAGGCAAGAACUUGUCCGCGUAGGCCAAUUAAGGUUUCCAAUCACUCCAAAAGAAUGUUGUUAUCGAUGGUUUCAAAAGCAGCAUUAAGGUCUAGGAGCACGAGGACAGAUGCAGUGCCUUGGUCUGACGUCAUUAAAAUAUAAUUUACCACCUUCACAAGUGCAGUCUCAGUGCUAUGAUGGGGUCUAAAAGCAGACUGAAGCGUUUCGUAUACAUUAUUUGUCUUCAGGAAGGCAGUGAGUUGCUGCACAACAGCUUUUUCCCAAAAAAUUGAGAGGAAUGUGAGAUUCUAUAUAGGCCGAUAGUUUUUUACAUUUUCUUAAUGUAAGAAGAGGGAGAGCGAAAUGGCGUGUCCAGAAUCCCACUCCUGUCAUGGAGGCUGGGCCAUGUCUGAAACAGUGACACAGAAGAGAGGAGAGCGAGAACAGAGGGAAGAGAGGCCUGACUAGCAGACAGACAGCAGUGACAGUCUCAUUAUGUUGCAGAGGGAGCAUGUUAAUGUCCUACUGUGGGAUUGAUUGGCUCUCAGCCCAACAUGACAGCCAUCCAAAAUGGCAGACUGCCUGGUUCAGAUGAGAGGGAUUGCUGCUGGGUUGGGGCGGCUCCGGCCUCCGGGUACAGGUUGUCCUUGGGCACAGAUUGCAAAACUGACCAUAGAUCAGCGCCUAGGGACAACUUCUUCCUUGGGGAAGCGGAUGGGGAUUGACCUGAGGAAGUGUGAGAGGUCAGAAGGUCACGUCGGGGUUGUGACUCUGUGUGUUUCUGUAUUCGUAGAUCCUGGAUGAGAUUGCAGAGCAUGGCAUCAGGAUCUACCAACUGCCAGACGCUGACUCAGAUGAGGAUGAAGAGUUCAAGGAGCAGACACGAAUACUCAAGGUACGACACACACUGAAAGUCUACCUCCCAAAUGGCACCCUACUCCCUAUAUAAUCCACAACUUUUGACCAGAGUUCUAAGGGCCCUAGUCAAAACAAAGUAGUGCACUAUAAAGGGAAUUUGGGACGUAAGAAUACUAACACCAACUAAGAGAAAGAAACUCAAGGAGAAACACCACUACUGAAAGGGACUGGGAGUGACAUAGAACCACUCUUGUUAUGUAAUUUCUCUCUUAACCACUGGGUUUUAGCAUGGGUGAGAGUCAUACUAUUGAAACUAACCCGUUGGUCUUUUGAAUGGGCUAGCUUUAUGUCAAACAUGAAGAUCCGGUCAUUUUUCCUUACUCUAGUACACGUGUCAAACUCAUUCCAUGGUUGGCCGAGUGUCUGUGGAUUUUUGUUCCUCCCUUGUACUUGAUUGAUUAAUUAAGGUCACUGAUUAGUAAAGAACUCCCCUCACCUUGUUGUCGAGGUCUUAAUUGAAAGGAAAAAAACUAAAAGCAGCAGACACUAGGCCCUGCAUGGAAUGAGUUUGACACCCCUGCUCUAGUAGAUUCCACUCCUCAUCUUCAAUAACCAUCAAUCUCCUGUUCUCUUCUCCACCUAUCUCUCCUUCCCUGAUCCCUAUAUCUCUACAUCCCUCUGUUUUCACACUCCACCCAUCUCUGUAUCCUCUUUCUCUCCCCUUGUCUUCCUUUCCCUUGCAUCCAUGUCUCUCUACUCCUCCCCCUCUGUCUCCCUCUAUCAGGCGAGCAUUCCGUUUGCUGUGAUUGGUUCAAACCAGCUGAUUGAGGUGAAAGGAAAGAAGAUCAGAGGUCGUCUCUACCCCUGGGGGGUCGUAGAGGUGGAGAACCCCGAUCACAACGACUUCCUCAAACUACGCACCAUGCUUGUGUAAGUAACCACGACAACGCAAUGCAACUUUUGUUAACAAACCAAUUAAUCAAAUGUAAGAAAAGCUAGCCUUUAACAGCUCUACUACUACUUAGAGUAAAUGUAAUAGUAAUCUAUGCAUGCUCUUAUCCCAUACUUCCCUUGGAUAUGUAUUACUAUACUGCCACCUAGUGGUUGAAUAGAGAACUCCAAGUCUGUCCACCUGUUGCUUAGUCUAGUAGUCUAGUCUAGUGGCUGUUAUGGGGAUUUGCACAAGCCGAAUAGUGAUAUUGAAAUGUGUGAUGGUUGUCUGUUUCCAGCACCCACAUGCAGGACCUCCAGGAGGUCACUCAGGACCUGCACUAUGAGAACUUCCGCUCAGAGAGACUGAAGAGAGCUGGCAGGUCAGUCUCCUGUCUGCAGUGUGUUUCUCACACACACACACACACACAAACACACACACACACUCUAUCUGGGCUGAGACUACUUAGACAAUCUACAGUACGGUAGUUAAUGUUCCCUUAUACGUUCCCUACAGAGCUGGGGAGGAGGAUGUGAUGGACAAAGACCAGAUUCUCCUGCAGAAGGAGGCUGAGGUGAGUAGCUACUGCAGCACUGGAUGCUCUCAUAGUGUUAACUAGGUCCUAGGUAAUAAAUGAAGGGCAAUGGCGUUAGUCUCUACCAGGGAUGAAAGUAGAUUUAAUUUCUUCCUGGUAAGGGACCUCCUAUGUGAAAACAUUUUAUGGGCCUAAUCAUAGAAUUACAUAGAAUCCCUAUUAAUUCAAUAGGAUCUCUGUGGGCCUAGUCGUACAGAUUUGUCAUUUAACUUUUAAAAUGUAUGACCUUUUAUUGUGGCAUAAACACAACCAGUCUUGAUGUUGUCAUCUGAUUGUCAAACAAUCACUUCAAAGGGCUCCUUUAGGGGAGAGUGGGGUAAGUUGAGCGAUUUAAAAAAAAUUAUUCAGCAUCAACUCCGUCAAGGGAAUAUAGUAUUCUUUCUAACAAAGAUAUCUACAUAUAUUUCAGGAUGUUGUGUAUCCCUGGAAAUAAUCAGAAUUCAUGUCAACAUUACAGUUUAGAAAACAUAGCUUGUACAAAAAAAGUGGUCUCUUGGCACAACUUACCCAGGUUAAGCCGCCUACAAAUUUCUGUACGGAAUGAAAUAUUACCACUACCUUUUUAAAACCAUGUCUAUCUUUAUUUCCCAAACAAUCACAAUCGCUUUUUUGUCUUUUAACCAUUUUAAGCAUAUUUUAAACAGGCUUAACACCUAACAAACACUUUGUCCUUUUUUAAACACUCAUAACAUAGGCCAGGGCCUGUUUUUACUUCAAAUCCCAGCGAUGAUGCCUUGCAAGAAAACACUUCAAUUUGCUCAACUUGCCAUUGACUCAACAUUUUGACUAAAUUAGCACACACAGCUACAAAGAUGCACUUUCAUGCUAGGUUUAGGACCUCAUAUUAAAUAUUAUAGAGACCCCAACUGAUGUAUAGAACAAUCUUAAAAUGAUCUACUUAAAUAUUUGGUCAAAUUAUACAUUUUGUGUAUGGUUUCCUAGAAACAAGGGGGGCUCAACUUACUCCUUUGGCUUAACUUACCCCACUCUCCCAUACUAGGCUACCUGAGCAUGUUCAUCCACUCGCAACAUAUUUCCAGCCUCCAAACUUGGAGAAUGGAAAGAGAGAUCUGUUAUACAAAACAACAAAAAGUGUAAUAACAUUCAGCUAUUGUCAUUAGGCGUCCACUGCUGUCUGCGCGCGUCUGUGUCGGCCACUCAUCUCUGCCUUGGCAAAAUAUCAGUGUUCGCAUCAAACCACAUCGCAUUUUGGAGCGUAUACCACCCAUUUUCAAGACAAUUUGCACAUUUUUCAUGCCUCUGACAUGGUAAUGAUAAAUAAUGGUGUAAUAGCCUACAGUUUUCUUGGCAUUUCAUUUUAAUUAUUGUGAUAAUCUGAUGUUUUACCGGUAUGGCGUACCCCCACUAUUUAUUUUGCUGGGACCGUACUGGCUUACUUUCACCCCUGGCCUCUACCCUUUUUGGCCAUCUUGGUUUACAUUGUUUACAUUCUAAACUGUGGAGCCAGUAAUUUGUCAGAAAAUAAUAAAUGACCCUCUUCUUCCUGAUUGCCUCUGAUUGGCCUGUUUGUAUUCCCAUGGUGAUGUAUAGAGAGAUCAGGGUGAGGUGGGGUUGGGUGCAAUUAGAGUUGUUAGUAAACAUGUACAGCGCCUUCGGAAAGUAUUCAGACCCCUUGACUUUUUCCACAUUUUAUGACGUUACAGCCUUAUUAUAAAAUGUAUUAAAUAAAUCAAAAUCCUCAGUAAUCUACACACAAUACCCCAUAAUGACAAAGCGAAAACAGGUUUUUAGAUUUUUUAGCAAAUGUAUAACAAAUAAAAAACAUAUACCUUAUUUACGUAAGUAUUCAGACCCUUUUCUAUGAGACUCGAAAUUGAGCUCAGGUGCAUCCUGUUUCCAUUGAUCAUCCUUGAGAUGUUUAUACAACUUGAUUGGAGUACACCUGUGGUAAAUUCAAUUGAUUGGACAUGAUUUGGAAAGGCACACACCUGUCUAUGUAAGGUCCUACAGUUGACAGUGCAUGUCAGAGAAAAAAACAAGCCAUAAGGUCGAAGGAAUUGUCCUUAGAGCUCCAAGACAGGAUUGUGUUGAGGCACAGAUCUGGGAAGUGUACCAAAAAAUGUGUUGCAGCAUUGAAGGUUCCCAAGAACACAGUGGCCUCCAUCGUUCUUAAAUUGAAGAAGUUUGGAACCACCAAGACUCUUCCUAGAGCUGGCCGCCCAGCCAAACUGAGCAAUCGGGGGAGAAAGGCCUUGGUCAGGGAGGUGACCAAGAACCCGAUGGUCACACUGACAGAGCUCUAGAGUUCCUCUGUGGAGAUGGGAGAACCUUCCAGAAGGACAACCAUCUCUGCAGCACUCCACCAAUCAGGCCUUUAUGGUAGAGUGGCCAGACGGAAGCCACUCCUCAGUAAAAGGCACAUGACAGCCUGCUUGUAGUUUGCCAACAGGCACCUAAAGACUCUCAGACCAUGAGAAACCAGAUUCUCUGGUCUGAUGAAACCAGAUUCAACUCUUUGGCCUGAAUGCAAAGCAUCAUGUCUGGUGGAAACAUGGCACCAUCCCUACGGUGAAGCAUGGUGGUGGCAGCAUCAUGCUGUGGGUAUGUUUUUCAGCGACAAGGGACUGGGAGACUAGUCAGGAUCGAGGGAAAGAUGAACGGAGCAAAGUACAGAGAGAUCCUUGAUGAAAACCUGCUCCAGAGCGCUCAGGACCUCAGACUAGGGCGAAGGUUCACCUUCCAACAGGACAAUGACCCUAAGCACACAGCCAAGACAAGGCAGGUGUGGCUUCGGAACAAGCCUCUGAAUGUCCUUGAGUGGCCCAGCCAGAGCCCGGACUUGAACCCGAUCGAACAUCUCUGGAGAGACCUGAAAAUAGCUGUGCAGCAACGCUCCCCUUCCAACCUGACAGAGCUUGAGAGGAUCUGCAGAGAAGAAUGGGAGAAACUCCACAAAUACAGGUGUGCCAAGCUUGUAGCUUCAUACCCAAGAAGACUUGAGGCUGUAAUCGCUGCCAAAGGUGCUUCAACAAAGUACUGAGUAAAGGGUCUGAAUACUGAUGUAAAUGUGAUAUUUCAUUUUUUUUUUUUUAAUAAAUUAACAACAAUUUCUAAAAACCUGUUUUUGCUUUGUCAUUAUGGGGUAUUGUGUGUAGAUUGAUGAGGAACAUAAAAAAAAGGCUGUAACGUAACAAAAUGUGGAAAAGGUCAAGGGGUCUGAAUACUUUCCGAAGGCACUGUAUGUCUGGACAGGAUAUUACAUAAUAUCUGACUUCCUGUCCAGUUAAGUGGUGGGAAUAAGCCAAGCCAGGCCAGGCGACGUAUAGAGUAUUGUAUACAGGGUGUAUACUGGCUGGGCUGCUGGUGGGUGCUGUGUCCUUAUGUAAGAUCAGUUUGGUUUUGUAUAGGGUUGAAUGGCGGGAACCCGGUUACUGAAAUUUACCGGGAUUUACCACCCAAAACCACUCCCUUUUCCUGGGAUAAAUAAAUGCGAGAAACUGGUAAAUUAUAAUAAAUUAUUUAUAUGAACAGCAUGGCGUGAAAUGGUACUGUUAAAUGUUUAUUUAUGUAUUUUUUAUUUAACCUUUAUUUAACUAGGCAAGUCAGUUAAGAACAAAUUCUUAUUUACAAUGGCGGCCUACACCGCCAAACCCGGACGACGCUGGGCCAAUUGUGCGCCGCCCUAUGGGACUCCCAAUCACGGCCGGUUGUGAUACAGCCUGGAAUCGAACCAGGGGGUCUGUAGUGACGCCUCAAGCACUGAGAUGCAGGUGCCCUAGACCGCUGCGCCACUCGGGAGCCCAUACAUGCAAUGUCUAAAUCUGGCUUCUCUACGGCCUUCUCUCUGCUCUCUGCAUGAUGAAUCAUCAAAGCUCAGGGUGGGGACAGAAAGCCCAUCUCAGUAUGGAGCGCAGUUCACAAUGCAUGUAGACCUACAGUGGGGGAAAAAAGUAUUUAGUCAGCCACCAAUUGUGCAAGUUCUCCCACUUAAAAAGAUGAGAGAGGCCUGUCAUUUUCAUCAUAGGUACACGUCAACUAUGACAGACAAAUUGAGAAGAAAAAAAUCCAGAAAAUCACAUUGUAGGAUUUUUAAUGAAUUUAUUUGCAAAUUAUGGUGGAAAAUAAGUAUUUGGUCACCUACAAACAAGCAAGAUUUCUGGCUCUCACAGACCUGUAACUUCUUCUUUAAGAGGCUCCUCUGUCCUCCACUCGUUACCUGUAUUAAUGGCACCUGUUUGAACUUGUUAUCAGUAUAAAAGACACCUGUCCACAACCUCAAACAGUCACACUCCAAACUCCACUAUGGCCAAGACCAAAGAGCUGUCAAAGGACACCAGAAACAAAUUUGUAGACCUGCACCAGGCUGGGAAGACUGAAUCUGCAAUAGGUAAGCAGCUUGGUUUGAAGAAAUCAACUGUGGGAGCAAUUAUUAGGAAAUGGAAGACAUACAAGACCACUGAUAAUCUCCCUCGAUCUGGGGCUCCACGCAAGAUCUCACCCCGUGGGGUCAAAAUGAUCACAAGAACGGUGAGCAAAAAUCCCAGAACCACACGGGGGGGACCUAGUGAAUGACCUGCAGAGAGCUGGGACCAAAGUAACAAAGCCUACCAUGAGUAACACACUACGCCGCCAGGGACUCAAAUCCUGCAGUGCGAGACGUGUCCCCCUGCUUAAGCCAGUACAUGUCCAGGCCCGUCUGAAGUUUGCUAGAGUGCAUUUGGAUGAUCCAGAAGAGGAUUGGGAGAAUGUCAUAUGGUCAGAUGAAACCAAAAUAUAACUUUUUGGUAAAAACUCAACUCGUCGUGUUUGGAGGACAAAGAAUGCUGAGUUGCAUCCAAAGAACACCAUACCUACUGUGAAGCAUGGGGGUGGAAACAUCAUGCUUUGGGGCUGUUUUUCUGCAAAGGGACCAGGACGACUGAUCCGUGUAAAGGAAAGAAUGAAUGGGGCCAUGUAUCGUGAGAUUUUGAGUGAAAACCUCCUUCCAUCAGCAAGGGCAUUGAAGAUGAAACGUGGCUGGGUCUUUCAGCAUGACAAUGAUCCCAAACACCCCGCCCGGGCAACGAAGGAGAGGCUUCGUAAAAAGCAUUUCAAGGUCCUGGAGUGGCCUAGCCAGUCUCCAGAUCUCAACCCCAUAGAAAAUCUUUGGAGGGAGUUGAAAGUCCGUGUUGCCCAGCGACAGCCCCAAAACAUCACUGCUCUAGAGGAGAUCUGCAUGGAGGAAUGGGCCAAAAUACCAGCAACAGUGUGUGAAAACCUUGUGAAGACUUACAGAAAACGUUUGACCUGUGUCAUUGCCAACAAAGGGUAUAUAACAAAGUAUUGAGAAACUUUUGUUAUUGACCAAAUACUUAUUUUCCACCAUAAUUUGCAAAUAAAUUCAUUAAAAUCCUACAAUGUGAUUUUCUGGAUUUUUUUUUCUCAUUUUGUCUGUCAUAGUUGAUGUACAUUUACAUUUACAUUUUAGUCAUUUAGCAGACGCUCUUAACCAGAGCGACUUACAGGAGCAAUUAGGGUUAAGUGCCUUGCUCAAGGGCACAUUAACGUCAUUUAGCAGACGCUCUUAGCCAGAGCGACUCACAAAUUGGUGCGUUCACCCUAUAGCCAGUGGGAUAACCACUUUACAAUUUGGGGGGGGGGGGGGGGGGGGGGGGGGGGGGGGGGGGGUUAGAAGGAAUACUUUAUCCUAUCCCAGGUAUUCCUUAAAGAGGUGGGGUUUCAAAUGUCUCCGGAAGGUGGUGAGUGACUCCGCUGUCCUGGCGUCGUGAGGGAGCUUGUUCCACCAUUGGGGUGCCAGAGCAGCGAACAGUUUUGACUGGGCUGAGCGGGAGCUAUGCUUCCGCAGAGGAAGGGGAGCCAGCAGGCCAGAGGUGGAUGAACGCAAUGUCCUCGUUUGGGUGUAGGGACUGAUCAGAGCCUGAAGGUACAGAGGUGCCGUUCCCCUCACUGCUCCAUAGGCAAGCACCAUGGUCUUGUAGCGGAUGCGAGCUUCAACUGGAAGCCAGUGGAGUGUGCGGAGGAGGGGGGUGACGUGAGAGAACUUGGGAAGGUUGAACACCAGACGGGCUGCGGCAUUCUGGAUGAGUUGUAGGGGUUUAAUGGCACAGGCAGGGAGCCCAGCCAACAGCGAGUUGCAGUAGUCCAGACGGGAGAUGACAAGUGCCUGGACCAGGACCUGCGCCGCUUCCUGUGUAAGGCAGGGUCGCACUCUCCGAAUGUUGUAGAGCAUGAACCUGCAGGAGCGGGUCACUGCCUUGAUGUUGGCGGAGAACGACAGGGUGUUGUCCAGGGUCACGCCUAGGCUCUUCGCACUCUGGGAGGAGGACACAGCGGAGUUGUCAACCGUGAUGGCGAGAUCAUGGAACGGGAAGUCCUUCCCCGGGAGGAAGAGCAGCUCCGUCUUGCCAGGGUUCAGCUUGAGGUGGUGAUCCGUCAUCCAUACUGAUAUGUCUGCCAGACAUGCAGAGAUGCGAUUCGCCACCUGGUUAUCAGAAGGGGGAAAGGAGAAGAUUAGUUGUGUAUCGUCAGCGUAGCAAUGAUAGGAAAGGCCAUGUGAGGAUAUGACAGAGCCAAGUGACUUGGUGUAUAGGGAGAAAAGGAGAGGGCCCAGAACCGAUCCCUGGGGGACACCAGUGGUGAGAGCACGUGGUGCGGAGACAGCUUCCCGCCACGCCACUUGGUAGGAGCGACCGGUCAGGUAGGACGCAAUCCAGGAGUGAGCCGCGCCGGAGAUGCCCAUCUCGGAGAGGGUGGAGAGGAGGAUCUGAUGGUUCACAGUAUCAAAGGCAGCAGACAGGUCUAGAAGGACAAGAGCAGAGGAGAGAGAGUUAGCUUUAGCAGUGCGGAGAGUCUCCGUGACACAGAGAAGAGCAGUCUCAGUUGAAUGACCAGUCCUGAAACCUGAUUGGUUUGGAUCAAGAAGGUCAUUCUGAGAGAGAUAGCAAGAGAGUUGGCUAAAGACGGCACGCUCAAUAGUUUUGGAAAGAAAAGAAAGAAGGGAUACUGGUCUGUAGUUGUUGACAUCAGUGGGGUCGAGUGUUGGUUUUUUGAGAAGGGGAGUAACUCUCGCUCUCUUGAAGACGGAAGGGACAUGGCCAGCGGUCAAGGAUGAGUUGAUCAGCGAGGUGAGGUAGGGGAGAAGGUCACCGGAGAUGGUCUGGAGAAGGGAGGAGGGGAUGGGGUCAAGCGGGCAGGUUGUUGGGCGGCCUGCAGUCACAAGUCGCAGGAUUUUAUCUGGAGAGAGAGUUACUGUGCCUAUGAUGAAAAUUACAGGCCUCUCUCAUCUUUUUAAGUGGGAGAACUUGCACAAUUGGUGGCUGACUAAAUACUUUUUUUCCCCACUGUAUCAUCUCAUCAUGGUAACUUUUUUUAUUGUGACAGGUAGGCCUGCAUUUGCUGCAGCAUAGUCUAUGCUACAGCGUCUAAUUUGCCCAUCUCCAUCUGGCUUUCGUGGGUCCCCUUAUUUUUUUAUUGUAAAGAAAUAUAGAUAUUUUUUGCAGCUGCAGAGUUUUAAAACAGCCUGUCGCUCGAAUAUCGUUGCUUUAAAUCUCUCUCUCCAUCAGCUCCAUGCAAAUUGCAUCCAAAAUAGAUGUUCUAGAUUGAUAUAUAGCCCUAACCAACCUCUUUCAGGAAAUAAAUUCAAUGCAUAAUUAGUUUGUAUUUAGCUAAUUAAUGAUGGGUUAUGCAUGAUAAGCUUCUAACUUAUAGCCUCUGUCUCUUGCGCAAUACCCACGCACCUGUGCUCCGCUGGCUUCUCUCCUUAAAAAACACUCAUCAACUCUUGGAGUCCCAUGCAGGAAAAGCUAGACUAGAGUAGGUUGCUGGACAUUAUUUUUUUAGGAUUUGUUAUACCAACAGACUAUUCGAAGAGGGACGCAAGCUCUUGUUUGCUGAAUGUUAAAUACAGCAGCCAAUAGAACUCACUGGUAGAUUGAAAGAAGAGCGAAUGCGCGAUGGCGUUAGGCUAUAGUAGUUAUUUAUUCAGACCCAUAACCAUUAAAUCUUUGUGAAUAGAAGUGAAAGCCUUCUGCAUCUAAUUCUAGUCCUAUAUUAUUCAAGGAUGUCAUUAGAAUGAUGAAGAUAAGGACAACAAAACGUAUUUCAUUUAACUGUUGAAAGCGAGGAAGGAAUGAAGCAACAAUAGAGAGAGAAAGAGGAGGUAGGCUAAUAACAUUAGGGGAAAUAUUAUGAAAGGUAUAUAUGCGUCAGCCUACUAAUUAUACAAAUAGGCCCUAUUAUAUUUCAAAAUUCUAAUCAAAUUCACUAGCCUAUACUUGUAACUAUGUAGGCCGCAUGUGCAGCACCAGAAUCACAUGUUCUCUCCGUGCUUUAUCAUGGUUUGAACGAUGUGCGUAAUUACAGUCCAUAUAAUACAGUAUAAUACAAUACAGUACAGUAAUACAGUUCACACUAAUAAAGAUUAGCCUACUGGAGCUAGUUUCAUUUAUUUACCCAAGAGAGGAUAUAUGUAGCCUGGCAAAAGUAAACCCAGCACAGUACACAAACUAAUUUGGGGUUGUUUAUUCUGUCAAAGCUUAAAUUUAAAAUAGGAUAAUGUAGGAGGGAAAUGCACUUUACCAUAAAGUAAAGUUCAGUCUAAAUCACAAUAAAGUGAAAUAAAAAAGUGCAUAAAAACAAUCUGAAUACAAUAAGUACAAAGUAUAAUGCAUAAAUGGUAGUGGCUCUGCUUUAAACACACUGUGCACGCGAUACCCUAACCCCACAUGGAACAGUAGAUCCUCAUCUCACCCAUACAGCAGCUUCAAAUAAUGUUAUCAACUUCAACAUGGUUCUGAGAGCACUGGUAUUCAGCUAGCAAGAGGCUAACAUCCUCAUGUCAAUCCAUCUAAAGUAACGCUGGACCCACGAUGGAUUUCAACAGCUCUCCAGUGUAAUUGCUUGCUCUCACUCUUACACACUGAGCAUGCACAAUCCCAUAACUGCUUGCACACAUUAUUUAUGGAUAUCUUAAAGGGACAGUGCCAUCUAAUGGAUCAAAUGAAUACUGCUAGCUACAUCUAUGGGCUUUUAUGUUUUUCUGUCGUGCAUUAUGUGCAGUAGCCUAUAUCAUAUAUGUUUUGGAUAACAGCACAAUCAUUUGGGCUUUUCUGGGCUUGGGCUCAUUAAAUGUAUUUCAUGUAUGGCUCAGGUAGCAUCAGGCUUGAAUUUUCGAUCAAAGCUCUAAUCAAAUCCAGGCCUAUUUAUAUGCUUUAUAAUGCUUUUGAAUGACACUUCCGGCUUUGCGGGAAAUACCAGGUUACCCGGGAGGAAAGUGAUUUAUUCUCGGGAUGGAACAUUUGUAAAAUACCACAAAUAUUCAACCCUAGUUUUGUACACUAUGUGUAUAAAGUUUAUGUUCAAUAACUGAUGUUAUUUUUGGUAUUUUUAUCAAGAGGUUUUCAGUCAAACAGAAAAAUAUUAUUUAGACAUUCGAACAUUGUUUGCUGAAUUCAGAAGACCCUUAAAGUGUUUGUACUUGUAUAUAGGGGUGUAGUUAUUAACACUAAUCCCAAAUUGGGGAUGUAACCCUUUAGGCAGAGUCACAGACCCACAUUCCUAUAGCAAAGCAGCUUGGGAUACCAGAUCAGUUUAGCAAAGUGUUACGUUUGAUCGCAUUCCUUCAGUUUGCAACACACAGGGUUCUAUAGAGUACAAUCCUGAUUUAGUGUAGAUUUAAAUAUGAAUGUAAAUCUAUUAUUCAGUCACACGCCACUACCCAAGUGUGAAAAUGAGUAGGUGUCCAUUUGACCCCAAUUGGGUGAAGUCAAAUCACCCACUUGAAGUCCUAUCCACGACCACUAGAUGGAGAUAGAAAAAAAUUGAUUUGUGGCUCAUUGUAUUAUCUUUUUACAAUGGAUACAAUUUGUCAUGUUUGGAAAGGCUGAUAGCCUCUGGUAUUUGUUUUACUCAACUAUCUCUUUCCCUCUUUCUGUCUGUUUCCUUCACUUCUCUCUUUAGCUGAGGCGUAUGCAGGAGAUGAUUUCCCAGAUGCAGGCACAGAUGAAGAUGAAGGGAGACGAGUGA